AUGUCCUCCCCGAUGUAUCAGGUAAAUGACAAAAACAUUCAUUUUCUACAUAAUAAUAAAUCCCUUCGUACCUACCGUCUUCCUUUCUAGAUUCAGUGUUAACGGGAUAAGCCACCAUACUAUUUAUAAUAUAAUUAAAAGAGGAAUUAAGGCACAGAGUUCAGAUGACAGAAGGGGUAGGGUGAAUUGCAUAGGAAUGUGAAAGGAAGCAGAUGGUUUACCUUAUGCAUUGAUCAAAAAGGAUUCAUCAAAAGCUCUGUAAGGUAGGAGAAGUCACACAUAAGUGGCCUGGAAGUCUGGUUUACAUAUAAACUAACUCUCUAAUGUGCCAUAUGUCUAGAUUCCCUCUUAGAUAAGGGGUCCUUUUGAUAUGUUAAUGGCCAUUAGCCCUGUUCCAGUAUCAUAUCCAAAAGAAGAAAAACAAUAUUUACCCACAGAAUAAUAAUUAAGCCUCAUUUCUGUUAUAUUUGGAAUGUGACAAGCGCCAUCUUCUAAUCAAGCCCAAACAUGAUUGGCAUACCUUGACCAUAGGGGAAGGGAUUGUGAUGUCCGCUAUAUUGGGUCAUAAGUAAGAAGUGUGACAUAUCUAUGUACUGGGAAAAUAAUAACAAAAUCGUAGAUGCAAUUAUUAUUGCUGUAGCAGAUACAUAAGAGAAGAUAGAACCAAAUGUUUCCAUUUGGAUUGAUAUGGGUCUGGACACAAGGGUGUGGUCACUUAGGGUCUCCAAAGAUACCACUUAACUUCACCUCUGAAUGAGGCGUGGUAAUGCACAGGGUAUAUCACUAAUGAUACUGAAGGGUGCAUGGUACUUGCUUGAGGGGUCAGAAUCUAAUUCUAAGUGAGUCACUAUCUUUCUUGCCGGAGACCCCCUGGGCAGACGUUCUACUUUGACAACCUGAGUAAGUAAUUAGAAUUUCUGUUAUUUUAUCCCUCUUGUCUUUAUCUGUUGUUGGUGUAACUAAUUUGAUUGUAUGCACUGUGACUAUUUUUUUUUUGCUCAUAAGAAAAUUUUCAUUUAUUAAGUUCUGCCUUUGUCUGGUAAAGAAUCACGUUACCUGAAGAGACUAAUUGGUAUUUUGCAAUUGCUUAGAUAGUGUGCCAAGUUAUAUUGGUGGGUUUUUAUUAUUGAUUUACCUGGGGAACCAAGGCACCCCAUUUAUAAAUUGUCUUGGUGGUGGCAGGCAGCAUUAAAAUAGUAAUAGUUAUAUUAUUAUGUUUAAGUGUGGGUGGUGUUAAGGGGGGAUUUUAUCAUUAUUUCCAGUCUUGUGCAGACAUAUAGUGAAUUUUAACCCACCACGACAACUACAUCCCAUCACUAGGUGACCGUGUGAGGGGUCCUUCUAGGGCACGAUACAAGGGACAUAGUCCUCCCCCCCAUCACUGGGUGACAGUGAGAGGGGUCCUUCUAGGGCAUGAUAAAGGGAACAGAGUCCUCACCCUAUCCCAUCACUGGGUGAUAGUGUGAGCGGUCAUUCUAGAGCAUGAUAAAUGGGACAGGACUCUCACUCCUUCCCAUCACUGGGUGACAGUGUGAGGGCUCCUUCUAGGGCACGAUAAAGGGGACAGAGUCCUCACCCCAUCCCAUCCCUGGGUAACAGUGUAAGGGGUCCUUCUAGGGCACGACAGCGCCUUUUAAAUCAAAAUCACAAUACAUAAAGCAAAUGUCCCUAUUUUCACUAUUUAACAAGCAUAGAUGGGAUUGGCGUUCAGUAGCCCCUAUUAGGGCACUGCGGAGGCAGGAAAUAUUUUCAUUUCAAUUACUUUAUCUGGGCAGGGUGCGGCGGCUGGCGGCUUGGCUUUAUCCCUAAUCCUGUCAGUGUGGGGUUGCUUUUAAUCUCUCCAGCAGGCAGACAGAAUUCUUGGCGCUAGGAUUUAUGCAGCCUUGGUAUAAAGCUUCCAGAUAUGUUGCCUGUAUCUGUCACUGUGGGUGGUACAUAAUUGCUUUGCUUGAUUAUGUAUGGAUUAAUAAUUGUGCUGUAAUGGCACAUGAGCUGGCAUCCUGUGUUUCCUGGUUUAAGAUGUUACUAAUAGACUCACACUCACACUCUCUCCCCUGGCUGUGACUUGCACAGCCUGCAUGCAAAAAAAAUGGAUUUAUUUUCAAUUAUAUUUUACAGCAGUGUGUGUUUAUUUUAGAAGUUCUAAAAUGCUCCUGCUCUGUUAAUUGUGCUUUAAUUGCACACAGGAGAUAAAUUCUAAAUGAAACAUACUGUGCAAUAAGGGAAGUUUAAAAUUGUAUCUCUUUACAGAAAGUGUGUAGGGUGACUUUUUGAGUCACGGCCAUACGAGACACAGUGUGUCUAGGGCUGCACAAAAUACAUGGCAGAGAUUUGAGCACUGAGACUGCAGGGGCAUAAUCCAUAAACCAAAACCUCUUUAUUAAGCUAAAGUUGUUUGCUGCUUAGAGUGUCUUUUUAGAGUUGCAAAGAAAAAUAAACCCUAAUACCAUACCACCACUGGCACAAACUUAGCUGGGUUCACAUGGCUUACUCCAUGGUGGACCAUAGCGUCAUGGCUUAGUACACUGUCCAUUCUGAGAUUAUUAAUGUCACCUUUCACAUUUCUUGUGAAACUCUCUUUUGGGUUGAAUGUUUUUGUUGUGACAUUUUCUGUGAAAAUCCCUGGAGAUCAGUUGUUUGAGAUGCACCACAUUUCACACUGGUGUUAUACCGUGGUCAGUUAUGUGGACCACGAAGACCCGAAGUCUGUGUCUAGAAUUUUAUUUGGAUAAUGGCCCAAGGCUAGUUAUCUCAACGUAUCACUAUAUUUUACAGUAAGCAGCGUACGUAAGAGGCUUAUUCACUAAUUCACUAUUCUGCUAAAUUUAGAUCAAAAUAGCACAAUAACAAACCUCUUCUGCAAAUGUGCCCUAAUUGUGGUAAAAUCUUAAAUUCACUGCUCCGUUAACUAUCUCCUUACUGCUGCUCCUUACUCCUUUCCCAUUGAAACGCUAAAGAGUUAUUGAUUUGUUAUAUUUUAAUGAUGGUAGAUCCUCAAGAUAAGAAACUGUUAACCCAUGCAGGUAUCCGUCACCUUCCACGACGUAGCAGCUUGUUUCUCCGCAGAGGAAUGGGGUUUGCUGGAGGAAUGGCAGAAAGAGCUCUACAAGAACGUGAUGCGGGACAUCCACGAGGCCCUCCAGGCCAUGGGUAAGAAGACAUUUCAAUUGUGAGUAACAUGGAUUGAUUGGAUUUAGCAGUCUGGUUAGAAAAAGUACAUCAUAUGCGACGAUUCCACAAAAUUACUUUCCUCAAUCAAGAGAAUGUGAACCCUGUCCUACCUCUGCACACAGUGUAUUAUAACUGCAGUUAUAAGGUUAUGGUGUAAGGAGGUCCCCUGUCUCCUCACACACAGUGUAUAUAACUGCGGCUAUAAGGUUAUGGUGUAAGGAGGUCCCCUGUCUAGCCGCACACAGUGUAUUAUUUUUUUUCAGUUUGACAAUUUUUAUUUUUCAAAGUUGAAUGGGGGGGGUACAGAAAUGAAAAAGGGGAAGGGAAUAGAGUCAAAUAUACAAUACAGUUGCUAUGUUUAGCAUGUAUGGGUUAACAUUCUUUGUGUUCAAAAUCACUGUAUCUCUGGUGGGUGGUGUUAUUUCUGGUGUGCGGUAUUAUUUCCCACAUAACAUUUAUAUACCAAAUUCCUUGUACACUUUGGAUACAUGCUUUCUGGUUACCUUUUGUACUUUCUCCCCUUGCUCCCAGGUGGCAUUUUUGCCCGGCCUCCUCCCAUCUCUCUUGUGUGGGUUUUUUUGUUCGGUGAGCUGCAAAGGGGGGGGUGGGGUGGGGUGGGGAGGUCAUGUGGAGUCGUACUUGCUAAGCAUUGUUACUUUUUUUGGCCCCUUGACUGUAGGUCUUUGACGCUGAAUGUAUACAUAGGUGGGGGGAGGUUAGGGUGAGGGUUAAACUGAAACUUAAGUAAUAAUAUGUGUACUGAUCUGCUCUGCUUGCUCUGGCCUUAUUCCGUAAUAGUGUCCAUGAGGUUUGGUAGUGAAAUUUGUGGCUGGGUCAGUGUCAGCAGGACAUCGUCCGCAAAAAGAUUUAUUUUAUAUUCCCUGUCUCCUAUGGUCACUCCAUGUAUGGAUUUAUUGUCCCUGAUUAACUCUGCUAGCGGUUCCAGGGCCAAUACAUAUAGCAGGGGGGAGAGCGGACAGCCCUGCCGCGUUCCAUUCGUAAUGUUAAAUGGUUCCGAGGUGUGGCCCGCGGUGACCACCUGAGCCGUCGGCUUGCUGUACAAGGCCCCGACCGCCGAGUGGAAGGUCUCCGGCAUCCCAGACUUUCGGAGCACUGCUUCCAGAAACCCCCAGCCCAGACGGUCGAAGGCCUUCUCCGCGUCUAGCGAAAGAACCGCGCAUUCUGUUUGUUGUUUGUUUACGCUGUGUAUAAUGUCCAGGACCUUUCUCGUGUUGUCUCCUCCCUGUCGCCCUUUCACAAACCCGACUUGGUCGUUUUUACUUGUGGGAGUAUGUCUCCCAGCCUGGUGGCGUAAAUUUUUGCAAAGAGUUUUGUGUCUGUGUUUAGUAACAAGAUUGGGCGAAAGUUUUGUGGGUGGGUGGUUUGCCUGGUUUGGGCAGUGUGAUUAUGUGUGCCUUCAAGGCCUCCGGGGGCAGUUUCUGCCGUGCAACGGCUUUGUUGAAGGUGUUUGUGAGGUGCGGAGCUAGGGUUAGUUGGAAGCGUUUGUAGUAGCCGUUCGCAAACCCAUCCGUGCCCGGGGCUUUGUCUGCGGGCAUGGAGGCAAUAGCCUUCAGCACCUCUGUCUCUGUGAUUGGGGCAGAGAGGCAGUCUUGUUGGGCGGGGGUGAGUGUGGGCAAAUUAACUUUAUCUAAAAACGAGGCAAUUUUAGAUUCCUGCGGCUGGGGUGUGUUAGGGUCGUUUCUAAGGUUGUAUAACAAUUCGUAGUAUUUAGCGAAGACGUUACUGAUGUCUUUUGGUGCUACUAUUUUUUGUCCAUUAGGAGAUACCAUGUAUGCUAUUUUUUGAGCUGCUUGUUGUGUCCUGAGUCUCUGUGCGAGCAGCUUGCCUGCUUUGUUGCCCUGCAUGUAGUUCUGUGCUUUGAGUUUUUUCAAGUGGUACCUUACUUGGUCUAGGGAUAUCUGAUGUAUGCGUACUGUGAGUUGUGCUAUUUGUUUCCGCAGCUCCUGUGUGGGUGUGAUUUGGUUUUGUGUCGUGGCUCGCUGAAGGUCCGUUUGGUAUGUUAGGAGUUGUGUUUGAGAUUUUCUUUUUAAAUAAGAGGCUAGCUUUAUCAGCAGUCCUCUUAUCACGGAUUUGUGGGCAUGUCAUGUCUGUGCUGUCGUUUUCAUGAAAGUAGUGUGUUAUUUUCGUGUUCAGUUCUGCGGUGAAUCUGUUAUCUGUCAGGAGUGUAGUGUUAAGUCGCCACGGGCUCCUGUGAGUCGGGUCAUAAAGGUUUUUACCAUUCGAUCUGUCCUAUUUCACAGUGGGUUACUUGGUUUAUCCCAGCCCCAAAUAUGAGACAUCCUCCAAUGCGGGAGUAGGUGUUGUGUACUGAGGAGAAGAAGGUAUAUCCCCUCUUUUCGACAUGGGUGGCUCUCCACACAUCGUAAAAGUGGUAGUUGUGUAUGAGCUUUCUCAUUUCCCUGCCUUGUUUCCUAAGAGGUGUGGUGCUUGCUCUGGCUGAGGCCAGUGUCGUGUCUAUCGUGGGGUCAAACACGUGAUUGAAGUCUCCAUUGUGGCGCCUUGUUGGAUAGUCUAUAGUUUUAGUAUGAUUUUGUGUAGGAAGUUUUGUUAGUUUAUGUUCGGAGCGUAUAUAUUUGCUAUGGUGUAUGGCAUAUCGUUGAGUGUGCCUAUGAUGAUGGCGUAUCUGUCUUCUGGGUCUAUGUGUUGUGAUUUCAGGAGGAAGGCUACAUUUUUACUGAUUGAUACUGAGGUGCCCUUAGUCUUGCUGGCGGAGGUUGCGUGAAACUGGGUCGGGUAAUCUCGCUGCAAUAUGUUGGGGUGCGUACCAGUCAUGAAGUGUGUCUCCUGGAUAGCACAUCCGCUUUCCUAUGUUUUAUCUCUUUAUACAGGAGGAGUCCUUUAACAUUGUGUGAGUAGAUCUCCACGGUGGUUGGUGGGCAUGAUAUUGUUUGUAUACUUGUGUGUGAAGACUAUAAGUGGGGGGUCCCCUCUGUCCCAGUUCCGUCGAACCAAGGAGGCGUCCCCAUGUUACUUGUUGACUUUGUGGCAUGUAUGUUGGCCUGAAGGGAGAUUGUUGCAGGACCCUCUGGUUUACCCCUGGUGAGUGCCUGACAGAGCGUGAUCUAAUAAUAGCAAACAUAAGUAUUACAAACAUAAAUACAUAUAUUAGGACAAGUGCAUUAACAAAAGCUGAUAAACAAUGUCUUGAAACCAAUUUUGCCGCAUGUCCGGCUAGGCACCAGGUUGUGGUGCGUUGGGGAUGGAAGCUAAUGGCUCCCGUCUUGGCUACGGUUCUGCGGCUGCGGCCUAUGUUAUUGUUUGUCAAAUUACGGUGAGCCUGUCUUAGAUGUUUUUGUGCAGAAGGCCUGUGGCUGGAGCAUACAUACAAUAUAGGGUGGAGUAUCUUCCUUAAUCCCACAACGCUGGAAGAUUGAGCCUUAUUUUAUAGGCUCUUGUUUUGUGAGUGUAUUUUCACAUACCUCCUUUUCAUUCUAUUUGAGAUUUAGACAAUAUUGCACUGUUAUGUGUCUUUAUCUGUUUUAUCUCUAGGCAAUACCAAUAUUUGCUUUAAACAAGAAGAUACUCCACCCUAUAUUGUAUGUAAACUCUGUUUGAUGUGAGGGCGAAGGGUACUCACUAAGGUGUAUGAGAAUAUCUUGUUUUAUUUCUUUAUGUAUGUGUUCCACUGGUAAUACUGUAUUCUUUUGUAUUUCUGUGGCUGGAGCCGCCCAGAGGAGUUUCUGCGCUGCCCCUGGUCCAGUGUAAUAUGUUGUGUUCCCUUACUUUUGGGGUCCAGGCCGGGUCGUAGUGCUGUUACCCUUAGUUAGGUGUCCUGUGCAGUUUUGUUUCGGUUCGGGUAUUGGUGGAUUUCUACCAUGCUUGUUGUGUUUUUUGGUUUUUUUUGUGCAUAGCUUGGUGGCAAGCGCUCUUUGGGAGUCAGGGGGGGUUGGCACAUGCAUCGAGGUGUGUUCUACCUGCACUGAUUGUGUCCAGUGUUGACAUGGGCUUGGUCAGAAUUGUGGCAACUGACAUUUAAUGUGGAUAAGUGCAAGAUAAUGCAUCUUGGACGUAAAAACCCAAGGGCAGAGUACAGAAUAUUUGAUAGAGUCUAACCUCAACAUAUGAGGAAAGGGAUUUAGGGGUGAUUAUUUCUGAUGACUUAAAGGUAGGCAGACAAUGUAAUAGAGCAGCAGGAAAUGCUAGCAGAAUGCUUGGUUGUAUAGGGAGAGGUAUUAGCAGUAGAAAGAGGGAAGUGCUCAUGCCAUUGUACAGAACACUGGUGAGACCUCACUUGGAGUAUUGUACACAGUACUGGAGACCGUAUCUUCAGAAGGAUAUUGAUACCUUAGAGAGGGUUCAGAGAAGGGCUACUAAACUGGUUCAUGGAUUGCGGGAUAAAACUUACCAGGAAAGGUUAAAGGAUCUUAACAUGUAUAGCUUGGAGGAAAGACGAGACAGGGGGGAUAUGAUAGAAACAUUUAAAUACAUAAAGGGAAUCAACACAGUAAAGGAGGAGACUAUAUUUAAAAGAAGAAAAACUACCACAACAAGAGGACAUAGUCUUAAAUUAGAGGGACAAAGGUUUAAAAAUAAUAUCAGGAAGUAUUACUUUACUGAGAGGGUAGUGGAUGCAUGGAAUAGCCUUCCAGCUGAAGUGGUAGAGGUUAACACAGUAAAGGAGUUUAAGCAUGCGUGGGAUAGGCAUAAGGCUGUCCUAACUAUAAGAUAAGGUAGGGACUAAUGAAAGUAUUUAGAAAAUUGGGCAAACUAGAUGGGCCAAAUGGUUCUUAUCUGUCGUCACAUUCUAUGUUUCUAUCAGGCCCUUAAUCUCAGUUGGGCUUCUUCUCAGUGCUCUGCCGCUUACUGGGCCUGAUUAUUAUGAAUGUGUUGCCACCCUGUCCUGUCUGCUUGAUCACCCCUCCUUCCCUUCCCGAGUUCGGCAUCCCUUACAAUCUAGCGGGCUAACUAUAUACAAUAUUACGUGCAUUAUUCUGUUGUUUCCUUAAUAAAAAAAUUAAAAAAAACAUUUAAAUCACAUUUGUCAUACAAGCCUGAACCAAGUAGUGGGGUAUUACUCUCUCGGGCUGGUCUGCACACUGCCUUCGCAGGGGGAGUAAGCUAACAAUUGGCUUUCCUCCAUGAUGGAGGGAAUCUCUGAGUCUCUUUUGUCGUGGUUUGGAUUUCAGCGCCCCAACUCCGGAGUAUUUUCGCCCCUUCCUCCGGCGUCUGCAGGAUGAUUGUUUUCCCGUUCCUUUGUACCACUAGCUUCACUGGGUAGCCCAUCUGUAUGGGAGGUGUUGUUGGCGAAAUUGCAUGGUGAUCUCUGCAAAGUCCUUUCGACAUUUAAGUGUAUAUGCGGAGAUGUCGGCGUAGAUCAUGAUGGCUUGGCAGGCCGUCGGCAGGUCCGCCUUAUUACUAGUUCUGUUCGCUCUCAUAAUGUCUUCCUUUAUGUGAAAAUAGUGCAUUCUCAGUAAGACAUCUCUGGGAGUCUCUGGUGGCAGAAAGGAGGAUUUUGGCACUCUAUGCGGCCUAUCCAUUAAGAACAUGUCGUGGGGCACUUCAGGGGCGAGGGCUUUAAACAAUCCACCGGUGUCCGAUGUCUUGUUCCCACGCUGUUUUGAAGGAGGGUAGUUUAGUCUGUGUUUGCGUUUGUUCUGAGGCGUAUAUCGUGGAGAUAGGUUUUGUUGCUGGCUUUGCCUUCGUGCAUAUCUGGAUUAGUGUUGUCCAGUAUGCGUUCGCUGGUGUAGAUUGUUGCGGUGUUGGUUGAGCAAGUAUCCAUGUAUGCCUGUAUGAAAAGGUUGCCGUACUGGGUAGCUUGAAUUCUGUCUGGAGGUCUGGUAGUGAUUUGAGUUUGUUUCCCUGCAUUACUUGUGACAUAGUUUUCGCACCAUGCCUGUGCCAAAGUUUAUAGUUAAAGUCUGGAAUAAGUAGUCGUAAUAUAUCCAGUGGGAGUGCUGGAGAGAGUAUUGCUGUUGCCCCCAUCUUUUUUCUAUAUGUAUCCCAUAUGGAGAGAGUUAGUGCCGUUGUAGGUAACAACUCAGAGGGUUUUUGGCAGCCAUGACAGGAGUGGUAUGGAGAGUCCCUUCGCAUGGUUUUUCUCUAUUUCGGCCCAUGCUGGGAGGUCUUGUCAGUGUGAGAGUGCCACAAGGGGGGUUAUGUGGGCAGCUCUAUAAUAUCCCGCCCUGGGUAGAGGGUCUGUAUAAGGUUGUUUUGGCUACUCUUGUUUUUUUGUAGUCCCAUAUGUAGUUAGUUAAGGUGUUCUGUAAUUCCAGUAGGUAUUGUUUCGGUAGUUUGAUUGGAAGCGUGCGGAAUAAAUAUUGGAUUUUUGGUAGGAUUACCAUUUUCACUGCUGCUAUUUGGCCUGUCCAAGAUAUGUAUUUGCCCUUCCAACUUUGCAGAAGGGUUUUAAUUUCCAUGAGUAGCUUGAUGUAGUUUGCUUUAUGUAAUGUGCUUGUUGUAGGUGUAAAGUUGACCCCCAGGAACUUUGUGGUCCUGUCUCCAGUCAUAGUUAAAGUUUGUUUUUAAGUUUAUCAGGAUUGGGUUCGGGAUGUUUAUUCCUUGUGCUAGGGUCUUUGCAAUGUUUAGUUUAUAGUAUGAGCAGUGACUGUAUUGGGAGAGGAUUUUAUGGAAGUUGGGUAGUGGCACAUGUGGUUGUUCAAGGGUCAAGAGGAUGUCCUCUGCGAAGAGGGACAUUUUGUAUUCUCUGUCAUGCACCCUAAUCCCGUGUAUGUCUGGGUGUUCGCGAAUAAGUUGGACGAGGGGUUCUAAUGCUAGAAUGUAAAGUAGUGGGGAGAGUGGGCAGCCUUGCCUAGAGCCAUUGGAGAUGGUGAAUGGUUUUGAUUCGAAUCUCCCAUUUACCACUCGGGCCGUUGGGGAUGAGUAUAGUGCAGUGACCAGUGAUAUGAACGGAGUUGGUAAGCCAAAUUUCCGUAGGACUGUUAGUAAAAAGGGCCAGUGGAGCCUGUCAAAUGCUUUUUCUGCGUCUAGCAAUAGCAGGACACAGGGAGUUUUUUUGUUUGUUUUGCCUCUCAUACAGUAAGUUUAGAGUUUUCCUCGUGCCAUCUGCUCCCACUUGGUCGCCACCUAUAAUUGUGGGGAUUAUUUGUGUGAGCAUAUUAGAGAAGAUUUUGGCCAGUAUUUUUACAUCUGUGUUUAACAGGGAUAUAGGCCUUAAGUUUUUGGCAUCUGUUUGGUGGUUUCCCUGGCUUGGGGAGGGUUACGACAUGCGCCAUAAGCAUCUCUGUCGGUAAUGUCCCUGUCUGUAAUGCAUUGUGGAAAAUUUUUUGCAGGUGCGGGACUAUUAUAGGGGAGAAUUGUUUGUAAUAUGAGUUAGGUAAUCCAUCUGGGCCUGGCGACUUUCCUGGUGGGAGGGAGUGGAUGGUGUCUAGUAGUUCUUCUUGUUGUUAUAGGCUUUUUAAGGGCAUCAUGUUGUUCAGUCGUGAGUGUGGGUAGGGUAACAGAGGUUAGGACGUCCUCUAUCUCUUGCAUCUUGGGCUGAUGCAGUGUUGGGACUUUGUUGAGAUUAUAAAGGGAGUGAUAGUAGUCUGCCAUGUUGUCGUUGAUUUCCUGUGGAUUGUGGAGUUUAUCCCCUUUAUUGGUAAGUAUGAAUGGGAUUUUAGAAUUAGCCUGUUUUUGUCUAAGUAUGGUAGCUAAGUGUUUCCCUGCCCUGUUACCCUAAGUGUUUCCCUGCCCUGCAGAGCAAAUCCUUCAGUUUGGUAAGGAUGUAGGCUGUUUUCUCAAGCGACCCUACGUUGAUUUGUUUAGUGAUGUCUUUAAUGGUUGCUGCAUAUGUAUCCGACGGGUUCAGGAGGUGUGUCGCCGUGACAUCCCGUAGUCUCCUAAGGAGAUCUAUUUGUGGCACACAGUGUAUUAUAACUGCAGCUAUAAGGUUAUGGUGUAAGGAGGUCCUCUGUCUCCCAGCACACAGUGUAUUAUAACUGCAGCUGUAAGGUUAUGGUGUAAGGAGGUCCCCUGUCUCCCCGCACACAGUGUAUUAUAACUGCAGCUAUAAGGUUAUGGUGUAAGGAGGUCCCCUGUCUCCCCGCACACAGUAUAUUAUAACUACAGCUAUAAGGUUAUGGUGUAAGAAUGUCCCCUGUCUCCCCGCACACAGUGUAUUAUAACUGCAGCUAUAAGGUUAUGGUGUAAGGAGGUCCCCUGUCUCCCAGCACACAGUGUAUUAUAACUGCAGCUAUAAGGUUAUGGUGUAAGGAGGUCCCCUGUCUCCCUGCACACAGUUUAUUAUAACUACAGCUAUAAGGUUAUGGUGUAAGGAGGUCCCCUGUCUAGCCGCACACAGUGUAAUAUAACUGCAGCUAUAAGGUUAUGGUGUAAGGAGGUCCCCUGUCUCCCCAUACACAGUGUAUUAUAACUGCAGCUAUAAGGUUAUGGUGUAAGGAGGUCCCCUGUCUCCCCACACACAGUGUAUUAGAACUGCAGCUAUAAGGUUAUGGUGUAAGGAGGUCCCAUGUCUCCCUGCACACAGUUAAUUAUAACUAAAGCUAUAAGGUUAUGGUGUAAGGAGGUCCCCUGUCUAGCCGCACACAGUGUAAUAUAACUGCAGCUAUAAGGUUAUGGUGCACUGUCUCCCCAUACACAGUGUAUUAAAACUGCAGCUAUAAGGUUAUGGUGUAAGGAGGUCCCCUGUCUCCCACACACAGUGUAUUAGAACUGCAGCUAUAAGGUUAUGGUGUAAGGAGGUCCCAUGUCUCCCCGCACACAGUGUAUUAUAACUGCAGCUAUAAGGUUACUGUGUAAGGAGGGUCCCCUUUCUCCCUGCACACAGUGUAUUUUAACUGCAGCUAUUAGGUUAUGGUGUAAUGAGGUUCCCUGUCUCCCCGCACACAGUGUAUUAUAACUGCAGCUAUAAGGUUAUGGUGUAAGGAUGUCCCCUGUCCCCCCCGCACACAGUGUAUUAUAACUGCAGCUAUAAGGUUAUGGUGUAAGGUGAUCCCCUGUCUCCCCGCACACAGUGUAUUAUAACUGCAACUAUAAGGUUAUGCUGUAAGGAGCUCCCCUGUCUCCCCGCACACAGUGUAUUAUAACUGCAGCUAUAAGGUUAUGAUGUAAGGAGGUCCCCUGUCUCCCCGCACACAGUGUAUUAUAACUGCAGCUAUAAGGUUAUGGUGUAAGGAGGUCCCCUGUCUCCCCGCACACAGUGUAUUAUAACUGCAGCUAUAAGGUUAUGGUGUAAGGAGGUCCCUGUCUCCCCGCACACAGUGUAUUAUAACUGCAGCUAUAAGGUUAUGGUGUAAGAGGUCCUACUCCCCGUACACAGUGUAUUAUAACUGCAGCUAUAAGGUUAUGGUGUCCCUGUCUCUAAGUGUAUUAUAACUGCAGCUAUAAGGUUAUGGUGUAAGGAGGUCCCCUGUCUCCCCGCACACAGUGUAUUAUAACUGCAGCUAUAAGGUUAUGGUGUAAGGAGGUCCCCUGUCUCCUGCACACAGUGUAUUAUAACUGCAGCUAUAAGGUUAUGGUGUAAGGAGGUCCCCUGUCUCCCCGCACACAGUGUAUUAUAACUGCAGCUAUAAGGUUAUGGUGUAAGGAGGUCCCCUGUCUCCCCGCACACAGUGUAUUAUAACUGCAGCUAUAAGGUUAUGGUGUAAGGAGGUCCCCUGUCUCCCCGCACACAGUGUAUUAUAACUGCAGCUAUAAGGUUAUGGUGUAAGGAGGUCCCCUGUCUCCCCGCACACAGUGUAUUAUAACUGCAGCUAUAAGGUUAUGGUGUAAGGAGGUCCCCUGUCUCCCGCACACAGUGUAUUAUAACUGCAGCUAUAAGGUUAUGGUGUAAGGAGGUCCCUGUCUCCCACAGUGUAUUAUAACUGCAGCUAUAAGGUUAUGGUGUAAGGAGGUCCCCUGUCUCAGCACACAGUGUAUUAUAACUACAGCUAUAAGGUUAUGGUGUAAGGAGGUCCCCCCGCACACAGUGUAUUAUAACUGCAGCAUAAGGUUAUGGUGUAGAAGGUCCCCUGUCUCCUGCACACAGUGUAUUAUAACUGCAGCUAUAAAGGUUGUUAUGGUGUAAGGAGGUCCCCUGUCUCCCCGCACACAGUGUAUUAUAACUGCAGCUAUAAGGUUAUGGUGUAAGGAGGUCCUGUCCCUGCACACGGUGUGUUAACUACAGCUAUAAGGUUAUGGUGUAAGGAGGUCCCCUGUCUCCGCACACAGUGUAUAUAACUGCAGCUAUAAGGUUAUGGUGCAUGUCUCCCCAUACACAGUGUAUUAAAACUGCAGCUAUAAGGUUAUGGUGUAAGGAGGUCCCCUGUCUCCCCACACACAGUGUAUUAGAACUGCAGCUAUAAGGUUAUGGUGUAAGGAGGUCCCAUGUCUCCCCGCACACAGUGUAUUAUAACUGCAGCUAUAAGGUUACUGUGUAAGGAGGGUCCCCUUUCUCCCUGCACACAGUGUAUUUUAACUGCAGCUAUUAGGUUAUGGUGUAAUGAGGUUCCCUGUCUCCCCGCACACAGUGUAUUAUAACUGCAGCUAUAAGGUUAUGGUGUAAGGAUGUCCCCUGUCCCCCCCGCACACAGUGUAUUAUAACUGCAGCUAUAAGGUUAUGGUGUAAGGUGAUCCCCUGUCUCCCCGCACACAGUGUAUUAUAACUGCAACUAUAAGGUUAUGCUGUAAGGAGCUCCCCUGUCUCCCCGCACACAGUGUAUUAUAACUGCAGCUAUAAGGUUAUGAUGUAAGGAGGUCCCCUGUCUCCCCGCACACAGUGUAUUAUAACUGCAGCUAUAAGGUUAUGGUGUAAGGAGGUCCCCUGUCUCCCUGCACACAGUGUAUUAUAACUGCAGCUAUGCAGGUGCGGGACUAUUAUAGGGGCGAAUUGUUUGUAUGGUGUAAGGAAGUCCCCUGUCUCCCCGCAUACAGUGUAUUAUAACUGCAGCUAUAAGGUUACGGUGUAAGGAGGUCCCCUGUCUCCCCGCACACAGUGUAUUAUAACUGCAGCUAUAAGGUUAUGGUGUAAGGAGGUCCCCUGUCUCCCUGCACACAGUGUAUUAUAACUGCAGCUAUAAGGUUAUGGUGUAAGGAGGUACCCUGUCUCCCCGCACACAGUGUAUUAUAACUGCAGCUAUAAGGUUAUGGUGUAAGGAGGUCCCCUGUCUCCCCGUACACAGUGUAUUAUAACUGCAGCUAUAAGGUUAUGGUGUAAAGAGGUCCCCUGUCUCCCUGCACACAGUGUAUUAUAACUGCAGCUAUAAGGUUAUGGUGUAAGGAGGUCCCCUGUCUCCCCGCACACAGUGUAUUAUAACUGCAGCUAUAAGGUUAUGGUGUAAGGAGGUCCCCUGUCUCCCCGCACACAGUGUAUUAUAACUGCAGCUAUAAGGUUAUGGUGUAAGGAGUUCCACGGUCUCCCCGCACACAGUGUAUUAUAACUGCAGCUAUAAGGUUAUGGUAUAAGGAAGUCCCCUAUCUCCCCGCACACAGUGUAUUAUAACCGCAGCUAUAAGGUUAUGGUGUAAGGAGGUCCCCUGUCUCCCCACACAGUGUAUUAUAACAGCAGCUAUAAGGUUAUGGUGUAAGGAGGUCCCCUGUCUCCCCGCACACAGUGUAUUAUAACUGCAGCUAUAAGGUUAUGGUGUAAUGAAGACCCCUGUCUCCCCGCACACAGUGUAUUAUAACUGCAGCUAUAAGGUUAUGGUGUAAGGAGGUCCCCUGUCUCCCCGCACACAGUGUAUUAUAACUGCAGCUAUAAGGUUAUGGUGUAAGGAGGUCCCCUGUCUCCCCGCACACAGUGUAUUAUAACUACAGCUAUAAGGUUAUGGUGUAAGGAGGUCCCCUGUCUCCCCGCACACAGUGUAUUAUAACUGCAGCUAUAAGGUUAUGGUGUAAGAAGGUCCCCUGUCUCCCUGCACACAGUGUAUUAUAACUACAGCUAUAAGGUUAUGGUGUAAGGAGGACCCCUGUCUCCCCGCACACAGUGUAUUAUAACUGCAGCUAUAAGGUUAUGGUGUAAGGAGGUCCCCUGUCUCCCCGCACACAGUGUAUUAUAACUACAGCUAUAAGGUUAUGGUGUAAGGAGGUCCCCUGUCUCCCCGCACACAGUGUAUUAUAACUACAGCUAUAAGGUUAUGGUGUAAGGAGGUCCCCUGUUUCUCUGCACAACCAUGUUCUAUUAGAUGUGUGCUUUCCUUUAAAUGAUUUCUGUAGAUGUGUUAUUUUGUUGCAUUUAUUGCAGGCUUCGAGAUCAUAAACCCAGAUGUUCUUUUCCGGAUUAAGAAGGUUAAGGACAAUUACACAAGCAUCUGUGAUUUUGAUGGCUCCAUAUCCAGCGCAGGUAAAAGCAGCUAAAACAUCCAGUGAUUAGAGGAUCACUCUAAAACCUUUGUAUAACAAUUUUGUAAGUAGUUUAAAAAUCCCUGCUGUGCAUUAUUCAUUCUGUCCCCCCUUCUUUGUAAAGAUGCAAACAAAGAACACACUUUACCGAGAUCCAGCGAAAUCACCACUGCCCAUUCGUGGUCCAUUUAAAUGCUUUCCAUAGAACUGUAACUUCUGAAACAUUUCUUUGACUUCUGCUCUUGUCAGUAGGACAAGCUCCGGACCUACAGAGAUGUACAUUGUAAAAUACAAGUCUUGCAUUCACCUCCCUGGUGCAUUUGGCUUGCUUUCCAUUCACAAGUCAUGCUAUGAUGGAGACCCUGGUGGUAGUUUGGAAACACUAUAAGAAUCCUACAACGUUCAUUCUUCCACUGUUGUUCACUGGAGUAGUUGUCAGUCACAACCCAACAGCCAUAAAAUGCAAGCUGGAAAGAGCCAUAAGUGUGUCUUACUUAUUACAUUAAGGCAAAACAAUUUUUAAAAAGACGGCAGCCUGGGCUGAAAUUUUGUCUCCGUUGUUGUAGCUUGUCCUUCUGAAGAACUGGACCAUCUGAUGGCAAUUAAACAGGAACAUGUUGCAGACCAGUGGCGAAGGAAAGGAACGAGAGAGUGCCACGCCUCAGGUAAAUAAGCAUGAAUGAUUGAACCUAUAUGUGGGGAAGUUAAUAUACUAUGUAAAAGGAGAGCUGUGUAUAUUACUGGGUCCAUACAGAGAUCAUAUACUAUAUAAAAGGAGAGCUGUGUAUAUUACUGGGUCCAUACAGAGAUCGUAUACUAUAUAAAAGGAGAGCUGUGUACAUUACGGGGUCCAUACAGAGAUCGUAUACUGUAUAAAAGGAGAGCUGUGUACAUUACGGGGCCCAUACAGAGAUCGUAUACUAUAUAAAAGGAGAGCUGUGUAUAUUACGGGGUCCAUACAGAGAUCGUAUACUAUAUAAAAGGAGAGCUGUGUAUAUUACAGGGUCCAUACAGAGAUCGUAUACUAUAUAAAAGGAGAGCUGUGUAUAUUACGGGGUCCAUACAGAGAUUGUAUACUAUAUAAAAGGAGAGCUGUGUAUAUUACAAGGUCCAUACAGAGAUCAUAUACUAUAUAAAAGGAGAGCUGUGUAUAUUACGGGGUCCAUCCAGAGAUCAUAUACUAUAUAAAAGGAGAGCUGUGUAUAUUACUGGGUCCAUACAGAGAUCGUAUGCUAUAUAAAAGGAGAGCUGUGUAUAUUACGGGGUCCAUUCAGAGAUCGUAUACUAUAUAAAAGGAGAGCUGUGUAUAUUACGGGGUCCAUACAGAGAUCGUAUACUAUAUAAAAGGAGAGCUGUGUAUAUUACAGGGUCCAUACAGAGAUCAUAUACUAUAUAAAAGGAGAGCUGUGUAUAUUACAGGGUCCAUACAGAGAUCGUAUACUAUAUAAAAGGAGAGCUGUGUAUAUUACGGGGUCCAUACAGAGACCGUAUACUAUAUAAAAGGAGAGCUGUGUAUAUUACGGGGUCCAUACAGAGAUCGUAUACUAUAUAAAAGGAGAGCUGUGUAUAUUACUGGGUCCAUACAGAGAUCGUAUACUAUAUAAAAGGAGAGCUGUGUAUAUUACUGGGUCCAUACAGAGAUCGUAUACUAUAUAAAAGGAGAGCUGUGUAUAUUACGGGGUCCAUACAGAGAUCGUAUACUAUAUAAAAGGAGAGCUGUGUAUAUUACGGGGUCCAUACAGAGAUCGUAUACUAUAUAAAAGGAGAGCUGUGUAUAUUACUGGGUCCAUACAGAGAUCGUAUACUAUAUAAAAGGAGAGCUGUGUAUAUUACAGGGUCCAUACAGAGAUCGUAUACUGUAUAAAAGGAGAGCUGUGUACAUUACAGGGUCCAUACAGAGAUCGUAUACUGUAUAAAAGGAGAGCUGUGUAUAUUACUGGGUCCAUACAGAGAUCGUAUACUGUAUAAAAGGAGAGCUGUGUAUAUUACUGGGUCCAUACAGAGAUCGUAUACUGUAUAAAAGGAGAGCUGUGUACAUUACAGGGUCCAUACAGAGAUCGUAUACUAUAUAAAAGGAGAGCUGUGUAUAUUACUGGGUCCAUACAGAGAUCGUAUACUAUAUAAAAGGAGAGCUGUGUAUAUUACAGGGUCCAUACAGAGAUCGUAUACUAUACACUAAAAGAGGGAAGGCUAAUGUAUAUUACUGGGUCCAUACAAGUCGUAUACUAUAUAAAAAGGAGAGCUGUGUAUAUUACAGGAGUCCAUACAGAGAUCGUAUACUGUAUAAAAGGAGAGCUGUGUACAUUACAGGGUCCAUACAGAGAUCGUAUACUAUAUAAAAGGAGAGCUGUGUAUAUUACAGGGUCCAUACAGAGAUCGUAUACUAUAUAAAAGGAGAGCUGUGUAUAUUACAGGGUCCAUACAGAGAUCGUAUACUAUAUAAAAGGAGAGCUGUGUAUAUUACAGGGUCCAUACAGAGAUCGUAUACUAUAUAAAAGGAGAGCUGUGGGGGUCCAUACAGAGAUCGUAUACUAUAUAAAAGGAGAGCUGUGUAUAUUACUGGGUCCAUACAGAGAUCAUAUACUAUAUAAAAGGAGAGCUGUGUACAUUACAGGGUCCAUACAGAGAUCGUAUACUAUAUACAAUGAGAGCUGUGUAUAUUACGGGGUCCAUACAGAGAUCAUAUACUGUAUAAAAGGAGAGCUGUGUAUAUUACUGGGUCCAUACAGAGAUCGUAUACUAUAUAAAAGGAGAGCUGUGUACAUUACUGGGUCCAUACAGAGAUCAUAUACUAUAUAAAAGGAGAGCUGUGUAUAUUACAGGGUCCAUACAGAGAUCGUAUACUAUAUAAAAGGAGAGCUGUGUACAUUACAGGGUCCAUACAGAGAUCGUAUACUAUAUAAAAGGAGAGCUGUGUAUAUUACAGGGUCCAUACAGAGAUCGUAUACUAUAUAAAAGGAGAGCUGUGGGGGUCCAUACAGAGAUCGUAUACUAUAUAAAAGGAGAGCUGUGUAUAUUACUGGGUCCAUACAGAGAUCAUAUACUAUAUAAAAGGAGAGCUGUGUACAUUACAGGGUCCAUACAGAGAUCGUAUACUAUAUACAAUGAGAGCUGUGUAUAUUACGGGGUCCAUACAGAGAUCAUAUACUGUAUAAAAGGAGAGCUGUGUAUAUUACGGGGUCCAUACAGAGAUCGUAUACUAUAUACAAUGAGAGCUGUGUAUAUUACGGGGUCCAUACAGAGAUCAUAUACUGUAUAAAAGGAGAGCUGUGUAUAUUACAGGGUCCAUACAGAGAUCAUAUACUGUAUCAAAGGAGAGCUGUGUAUAUUACGGGGUCCAUACAGAGAUCGUAUACUAUAUAAAAGGAGAACUGUGUACAUUACAGGGUCCAUACAGAGAUCGUAUACUAUAUAAAAGGAGAACUGUGUACAUUACAGGGUCCAUACAGAGAUCGUAUACUAUAUAAAAGGAGAGCUGUAUAUAUUACGGGGUCCAUACAGAGAUCGUAUACUAUAUAAAAGGAGAGCUGUGUAUAUUACGGGGUCCAUACAGAGAUCGUAUACUAUAUAAAAGGAGAACUGUGUACAUUACAGGGUCCAUACAGAGAUCAUAUACUAUAUAAAAGGAGAGCUGUGUAUAUUACAGGGUCCAUACAGAGAUCGUAUACUAUAUAAAAGGAGAGCUGUGGGGGUCCAUACAGAGAUCGUAUACUAUAUAAAAGAGAGCUGUGUAUAUUACAGGGAGAUGUAUACUAGGAGUGGGGUCCAUACAGAGAUCGUAUACUAUAUAAAAAGAGAGCUGUGUAUAUUACAGGGUCAUACAGAGAUCAUAUACUAUAUAAAAGGAGAGCUGUGUAUAUUACAGGGUCCAUACAGAGAUCAUAUACUGUAUCACACAGCCCAUUACAGGGUCCAUACAGAGAUAGGUAUACUAUAUACAAUGAGAAGCUGUGUAUAUUACAGGGGUCAUACAAGAGAUCAUAUACUGUAUAAAAGAGCUGUGUAUAUUACGGGGUCCAUACAGAGAUCGUAUACUAUAUACAAUGAGAGCUGUGUAUAUUACGGGGUCCAUACAGAGAUCAUAUACUGUAUAAAAGGAGAGCUGUGUACAUUACAGGGUCCAUACAGAGAUCGUAUACUGUAUCAAAGGAGAGCUGUGUAUAUUACGGGGUCCAUACAGAGAUCGUAUACUAUAUAAAAGGAGAACUGUGUACAUUACAGGGUCCAUACAGAGAUCGUAUACUAUAUAAAAGGAGAACUGUGUACAUUACAGGGUCCAUACAGAGAUCGUAUACUAUAUAAAAGGAGAGCUGUGUAUAUUACGGGGUCCAUACAGAGAUCGUAUACUAUAUAAAAGGAGAACUGUGUACAUUACAGGGUCCAUACAGAGAUCAUAUACUAUAUAAAAGGAGAGCUGUGUAUAUUACGGGGUCCAUACAGAGAUCGUAUACUAUAUAAAAGGAGAGCUGUGUAUAUUACGGGGUCCAUACAGAGAUUGUAUACUAUAUAAAAGGAGAGCUGUGUAUAUUACGGGGUCCAUACAGAGAUUGUAUACAAUGAGAGCUGUGUAUAUUACGGGGUCCAUACAGAGAUCAUAUACUGUAUAAAAGGAGAGCUGUGUACAUUACAGGGUCCAUACAGAGAUCAUAUACUGUAUCAAAGGAGAGCUGUGUACAUUACAGGGUCCAUAUAGAGAUCGUAUACUAUAUAAAAGGAGAGCUGUGUACAUUACGGGGUCCAUACAGAGAUCGUAUACUGUAUAAAAGGAGAGCUGUGUACAUUACGGGGCCCAUACAGAGAUCGUAUACUAUAUAAAAGGAGAGCUGUGUAUAUUACGGGGUCCAUACAGAGAUCGUAUACUAUAUAAAAGGAGAGCUGUGUACAUUACGGGGUCCAUACAGAGAUCGUAUACUAUAUAAAAGGAGAGCUGUGUAUAUUACGGGGUCCAUACAGAGAUCGUGUACACUUUAAAAGGAGAGCUGUGUAUAUUACUGGGUCCAUACAGAGAUCGUAUACUAUAUAAAAGGAGAGCUGUGUACAUUACAGGGUCCAUACAGAGAUCGUAUACUAUAUAAAAGGAGAGCUGUGUAUAUUACGGGGUCCAUACAGAGAUCGUAUACUAUAUAAAAGGAGAGCUGUGUAUAUUACUGGGUCCAUACAGAGGUCGUAUACUAUAUAAAAGGAGAGCUGUGUAUAUUACUGGGUCCAUACAGAGAUCGUAUACUGUAUAAAAGGAGAGCUGUGUAUAUUAUGGGGUCCAUACAGAGAUCGUAUACUAUAUAAAAGGAGAGCUGUGUACAUUACUGGGUCCAUACAGAGAUCGUAUACUAUAUAAAAGGAGAGCUGUGUAUAUUAUGGGGUCCAUACAGAAAUCGUAUACUAUAUAAAAGGAGAGCUGUGUAUAUUACAGGUUAUUACAUUAUUGUGUUGGUGAGCUUUGCCAUGUUUUGUUUCCCUUGCAGCGAGAAGCCCAGAUAUUUUGCUGAGGAUAAAACAAGGAGACCAAUCUGCUUUGAGUGACUUCUCAGAGAGCAGUUCCACCCAGAGUCCAAGUGAGAAUCCAUGCACAGGUUUUAUGUUUAACUUUCAUUACUGACCUGCCACCACCAACCCCCAAACAUUGCAUUAAGGACACCCAGGAAUCUUGAGUUCAAGAUUGGCCUCUUAUUAUAGAUUCUAAAUGAUCACCCUAAACACCAUACCCAUGACCACACCCCGUUAUAGUGAUUAUGGUGCAGGAAUAUUGAGGUGCUGUCUCCCCGGUGCCCAUCCACACUCACGCAUGCAGUCCACGUUUUUACAGAAAUCAUGAAUAUUUUCUACAGUAUAUGAACAGCUGGGGACGGGGCUAAAGUCCAAGGCACACUACUGAAAAUGUCAAUGCAGAAAUCAUACUGCGUCAAAGGCAUUAGUCCAAGCAGUAACGGUUCUUUGGCAGAAUAAUAGGGAAACCACUCAAUUACUCACUCAUACCCUCACUUCCGCACACAGCAUGAGCUGAGCACCUUCUCCAUGAGUUCAUUAAUCAGAACAUUUACGCUUUGUCUGUUAUCUGUCCUGAGCCCUAACCCAGGUCUUAUUCACAGGUGAGCCAGUUGUCACUUCUGUGUUUUCUUUGCAAAUGGAAAAAGAGAAGAAGAAAGAGCUGCAUCCUGCUCACCGUCCAGAUUCCCGGACAGCCCAAUUACAGAGUGAGUGUGUGACUUUCUCAAGUCCUCCGUGGGAUUAGAUUUACAUUCUCUCAGUGUACGGUCUGGGAAUGUGCCAGUAAUAUUUACAUUCUCUCAGUGUGCAGUCUGGGGAUGUACCGGUAAUGUUUACAUUCAGUGUAGUCUGGGGAUGUGCCGGCCAAGUUUGUGUAAGUUGUUGCAGAGUAUACUGUCUGUGGGGAUGUACCAGUAAUGUUUGUGUAAGUUGUUGCAGAGUAUACUGUCUGUGGGGAUGUACCGGUAAUGUUUGUGUAAGUUGUUGCAGAGUAUACUGUCUGUGGGGAUGUACCGGUAAUGUUUGUGUAAGUUGUUGCAGAGUAUACUGUCUGUGGGGAUGUACCGGUAAUGUUUGUGUAAGUUGUUGCAGAGUAUACGGUCUGUGGGGAUGUACCAGUAAUGUUUGUGUAAGUUGUUGCAGAGUAUACUGUCUGUGGUGAUGUACCGGUAAUGUUUGUGUAAGUUGUUGCAGAGUAUACUGUCUGUGGGGAUGUACCAGUAAUGUUUGUGUAAGUUGUUGCAGAGUAUACUGUCUGUGGUGAUGUACCGGUAAUGUUUGUGUAAGUUGUUGCAGAGCAUACGGUCUGUGGCUCUGCACUAUUUACUCUUUGUGCAGUCCACUCUUUCCUUUUUAUUGAGCAAUGUUUAGUGGUAGGCAGUAGCUCACACAUGCUCAGUCUGUUGGGUGAAACAGACUUUUUUCUUGCUGGUUAUAAGCUUAAAUAAAUGAAAACCAUGUUAACUGGAAGCAGGUCCAGCUCCAAUGCUGACAUUUCCCACUGGGAUGGCGAUCGGAGGUAAUCGCUCCAGGUGUUUCUUUAAAUUGCUCUGUCCCCUGCUGUGUGCGGCUCAGGGAAUCCCUCCAGGCAACUAAAUGUUAGAAUUAUAGUUGGUGGAUCCCUCUCUCUUGUGAGACACGUAACUAUGGACUCCGUUCCAUCUUUCCUGGUCUCAAAGGGCCAGCUAAUUAAAAUAAGCUAGUUCACCGGCAUGGGAGCAUAGACAUGCCGUUUAUAAUAUCUCCGUAGAAAUCCCGUAGAGACGUGACUAUUGGCUUCUCUCACACUUGUAUAAUGGUAUAAUUGUUACUUCCACACAGUUUAUGCCUCUGGGGCCCUUUAUUAGACAGUUAAUCCCGCUAGGUGGUCCUGCAAGGGAGGGGUGUCCCCUCAAAUUAAAGGUUCGUUUCCUGUGUUUGUGGGGAAUUGAAGACACUGCUCUGCAUGUUGUGAAUUACUGUGUAUUUUUGUGAACUUUUAUUGAACAUUUUAAUCUUGCAAGAUUGAUGUUAAGUUUUUAAUGGUAGUGAGCUAAACAGUGAAGUGCAUUCAGCUUAAAUUUCGACCAGGAAGGAGGAAGAGGCAUCGUCCGGCUUACAUCACCAUCAAUCCAAGUUUCAAACUUUGGGUUAUCUGUUCUAUAGUCCAUGCGUGAAAUAUCUCCACUAGAGACGUGGCUAACAAAACACACCCUUUUGUAUGGCUAUCACGGUACACUCCAGUGGACGUAAGGUAAAGAGAAAUAAACCAGGAGAGAGAUGAAAGCAAGAGAAAAGAAGAGGAAACUGUAGUUUGGAAAGGACAGGACAUAAAUGUCUAAUUUCCAACUGGAUCUUGUGAUGGCGUAGAAGCUUGUUCAGACAUCAUCUGAAAUAUUAUAUAAUCUGUUCACCAGUAUCUGCAGUGUUAGGGAUGACGGUUUCUUCCAAUAAGAGGAAUCUCUUUUUCUAGCUGAGGUGAAAAUACAAAAUGUGAGUUAAGACUCGGAUAGCAGGAGGGUACAUAUCCAGGAGAUAAAUCUCUGGCUGCAUAGACAAGCUUGUGUGUACACAUCUUUCCAAAAAUUCAGUAGAAAUGGGCAUUGCCAAAUAAUGUGGAGGAGUGCCUUGUUGGUGCCCGUACUGCCAGCAUGCAAAAUACUGUCCUGGGUACUUUUAUUAUUUUUUUAUGUACCUUUGCCAGUCUUUGAGGUAGUAAGGACAAUCUCAUGAAAAUUUUCCUUUGUUUUCUCAGAUGAUUUAGAAUUUUGGAGGCCCCCUUUUUGCUGGGUGUUGCCCUCGAUGCCUGGCUUGUAUGGACAACGGUGGCCUCCAUCAUUGGUUAAUUUAUAUCUUAUUGUAGUAAAUGCAAAAUGAAGGAGACAAUGUGAUUGGCUAGAACAGCCCAUCCAGUCACGCUGUCUUGUUGCCAUAAUACAGAGCAGUCCAUUGUACAGCGCUGCCGAAUUUGUAGGCGCUUUAUAAAUAAUAAUCCAACCCUGUGAUGUUUGUUUUGGGUUUUGUGCUCGUUUGGUGCCUUUUAGUUUUUUCUUGUUUUGUCACUGUUGUGUAUUUUUGUUUGUGCUGCAGCUUAUGUUUUUCUUUCCAGAGCCUUUCCCAUGUAAGCCAGUCAAACAGGAGGAGGUGGACUAUGUGAAGGUGUCUGUGGGAAGCUCUACUCAGGACAGCAUGGCGGACAACCCCCGAGGUAAGGAGACCCUAGCAGGCUCCUCUACAGUAAGUCUGUUUGCUGUAGAGAUCUUUGAAAAAUCAAGGCUGCUUGUGCCUAUUUUUGAAAGUCUCAUUAUAUUCAGAAUUAAAAGUUUAAAUAAAAACACCCAAAACAUCAUGCUACCAUUGAACAUUUCACCAGUGGAUUGUUUUUUCACAGGAGAUGAGCAGUCCCUGGUUUCCACCAGACAUGUUGCUUUGAUUUGAGGCCAAACCAUUCAUUUCAACAGAUUAGAGAAUCUUGUUUCUCACAAUCUGAGAGUCCUUUAUGUGCUUUUUUGCAAAAAAAAAGUUGUCCUUCGUAUGUUUUGCAGUGAGGAGAGACUUCUGUCUGGACAGUCUGUCAUAAAGGACAGAUCGGUGGAGUGUUGCAGUGAUAGUUGACCUUCCACAAGUUUCUCCCAUUUCCACACAUGAUCUCUGGAGAUCAUCCAGAGAGACCAUCAGAUUUUGUUCACCUCUUACCACGGACCUUCUGUCCUUCUGUGCACUUGGGGAUCUUCAAUGCAGCCAAAUAUUUUUGUAGCCUUCCCCAGAUCUGUGCCCCAACACCAUCCCGUCUCUGAGUUCAGCAGGCAGUUCCAAAGACCUCGCGGUUUGGUCUUUGUUCUGAUCUGCAUUUACAGCUGAGAGACUUUAAAUAGACAGAUGUGUGUCCAGCCUGUUAAUUUUACCACAGGUAGACUUCAGUCACAUGUGACUUCUUCCUGAAUUCAUUGUAUACACAUCAUCACAUUAUAAAUUAAUACAAAUAAUAUAUCAUUAUUCUUCUUCUUAAAAUAUCUUGGUAAAGAAAGGGAGAGUGACUGUUCUGCAGGCAGCAGUCAGAGCGAAUGUGAAUAGUUGGCGUUAAUGUCCUGUUAUGCUGGUUUGUGUUUGAUUAAUUUCUGUUCAGUUUACAUUCUGGGGGAGUUAGUAAAGAGAGGCCAUGUGUAAUAAUUCUAGGCUGGAGCUUUGAAUGUCGGUUUAAGUCAGUUGUAUAUUUGUCAUUUUAGAGCGAUUCUCAUCCCACCCAAUCAAACAGGAGGAGGUGGAAUAUGUGAAGGUGUCUGUAGGAGGCUCCACUCAGGACAGUACCGUAGUCAGUCCGCGAGGUGAGGAGACCCAGGAGCAUGCCCACUGUAGCAUCGCAGACAUGGUGCUUGGAAAACGUUCUAACCAUGCCGGUUGGUGUGCGCAGUGCUGCGGAAUACAUUGGUGUUGUGUAAAUAAUAGUAGUAUGGUCAUAAAGAAUUCUUAAAGAAACAUUCUAAGAACCAUAACCACUGCAACAUACUGUUGUGGUUGUGGUGAAGAAGUAUGUCUGUGCUGUCCCUCUUGUUGCAAAAAAAUGUUUUUUCCAGUUCUUUAUUUUUGGUUGAGAAAUGGCAUAACACAGUGGUACAGUGGUACAGUGUACAGAAUUCCAAUCAUUUAAGGCAAUAACACUGGUUGCUAAGCCUUUUAUGAGCAAUUUGACUAAAACUUAUUGUCCUUUGGUCCCCAGAGGCUAAAAACUUUCACAUCAUCCAAUGCUCAUAGCUUGGCAUUGCAAACGUGGCUAAAUAAUGAGCGAACACACAUUUUCUCAGUGUUUGCAAAGGAUGUUUGGGUGGGGGAGAGACCUGAUCUUUGUCAAACUGAAAAACCGCACCAUAACCACUGCAAUAAGCUAUCACUAUACUGCAAUUUAUCAGGGCUAAAAAGUCAUACUACUAGACAGGUUUAUACUUUAUUAGCCACAGCAAACUUCUCAUUGUGUGAACUCCGAGCUUGGACAGCAGCAAACACAGCUCUGAGGAGUCCUGACUCCUGUGCACUCCCAAAAUACCCACCACACACUGUCACAAUAACUGUCUGCGCCACUUACAAAGGGCAGGGUGGGCUUAAGGGUGCAGACCUACUUGCCUAUUCUGAAGGUUUGGAGUUGCCUAAUCCCCAGGAUGCCUGUAGGUAUCAGAUAAACUGCUUCCAAACAGCACUGAGGUUCCUUUGUGGCUGUGUAGAGACAAUGUGAUUGGCUGAAACACAAACAUCCUUGUGUUUCCGUGGCUGUAUACUGGACACAUCCUUGUGGCAGUGACUUUUCCAGGGCAAACUUAAAAGGACUCCAUUUCCUCCAUUGCCUAUCCUUUCUGCAGUGGUUAAAAUGCUUAGUGUCCCACUGCUCUGUCUAUUGGAAAUCUCUUUAUAUUUCCGUGGCAUUGUGUACUGGACACAUUCUUGUGUUUCCGUGGCAUUGUGUGGUUUUCGUUGCUGUGUAUUGGACACAUUCUUGUGUUUCCGUGGCUGUGUACUGGACACAUUCUUGUGUUUUCGUGGCUGUGUAUUGGACAUGUUCUUGUGUUUUCGUGGCUGUGUACUGGACACAUUCUUGUGUUUCCGUGGCUGUGUAUUGGACACAUUCUUGUGUUUUCGUGGCUGUGUAUUGGACACAUUCUUGUGUUUUCGUGGCUGUGUAUGGGGCACAUUCUUGUGUUUUCGUGGCUGUGUAUGGGGGCACAUUCUUGUGUUUUCGUGGCUGUGUACUGGACACAUUCUUGUGUUUUCGUGGCUGUGUACUAGAUGUUUUCCUGGCUGUGUACUGAACAUAUCCUUGUGUUUUCGUGGCUGCAUACUGAAUAUUUUUGUGGUUGCGUACUGGAUGUAAUGUUCUGUUUACAAGGUGUUGUGUAACAAGCAGCAUCUCACACUCUACUGGGAUUUUGCUCUCUAGUAUGUCAUUACCCAGAAUUCUUAUCUGCUUUACGGACUCUGUUCGCGUUUAUAGAGAGGCUGGCUUUGAGUUAUACACUCGUGUGUCCUCAGUAACUAGUUUAACAUAGCGAAUAGAGAUCUGGUUCUAAUCACAGGUCUGGGAUAGAACAAAUGGCUGCACGCUUUAGUUGUCCAUCAUUGCAGAUGGCAUAGUGGUGUAUACUGGCAUUGACCGUUCGGCUCACUGUGCACAAUAUACAGUUUGUCUGCAGUAACAUUGCUGGGCAUACGGCAAGACAGGUUUCCUCUCUCCAUGAUUCCUGUUUGCCUUUCAGCCGUGUUAGAUGGAGGUUACAGUAGGGAUGUGAAUAUCAGAAAAAGGGAUUGGACAUGCAUUAUGUGUGAGCUAUAAAUCGUGCUUAUUAAGAGACUGUAUUCUGUUCAAUCAGACAUAACCAUGCACAUAAAAAUUGAGGUUUAUUAGGUUUUGGAAGGAUCACGACAUGAGCUUCCAGCAUUUCCUGAGGGAUUUUGCCAGAAGACCGUAUGUAAUUAAAAAGAUUGGUCAUUCUCAUCCCACAAGAGGGCCUUCUGUUGCUAUUCCCAAAUAUGUGGAAAAAACAGGCGAAGAAAGCAAUUUCAAUUAUCAUUUUAGCAGCAAGAAACCUUCUAGCUAGACACUGGAAAACUACCUACUGGCCCUCAAACAAAGAACUGUCUGACAUGAUCUUCCAGUACUAUAGAUAUGAAAUGCUCUCCGCAGAUUCCCACGUGUCAGCAAAAAAAACAGAACAGAUGUGGAAACCUUGGUUAACCCACCUGGGAAAACCGGGACCCUGACAGAAAACUGAAAAAACUAUUGCUGACUCACAUAGAUAGGGGUGGAGCAUCACAGUGACAUGCCCACUUAGGCUUGAUAGACAUUUGCGGUUGUUUGGUUAACAUCUGGUCCAAUAUUUCACAUCCCGUCCACACAACUAAAACAACCGGGUGACAGAAUGAGCGCGUAGACAGCUUAGUGCAUCGGUUCACAACCUUUUUUCACUAGGGUACCCCUUGGCAGCACAUUUCCAUAAAUAGUACUCCUUAUAUUAACGAAAUAUUUGUAAAUAUUAUAGUUGCAGUUAUUUCAAAUCUAUAUGUUUUUCUCUGUUCCAGGCUCCUCACUGUACAGAUACACACGUGGAUACACAAACACACAGACUGACACACAUACAGAUACAAACACUGACAUACAUACAGAUGUACAGAUACAAACAAUGACACACUCCUACAGAUACACAAACUGACACAAGCACUGAGAAACACAUGCAAAUAGAUACACAUGCAAAUGAAGAGACACACAUACAGUUGCACAGACACAAUGACACACAUGCACAUACCCACAGAGAAAACACUGACACACACACAUACAGACACACAGACUGACACAUGAUGUACAGACAGGCAAAAACACUGACGCACAUACAGUUGCACAGACACACUGAUGCACAUACUGGCAUACAUGCAGAUACACACACUGACAUACAUAUAGUUGCAAGGACAUACGUUUACACACACUAACACAAUGUAAAGACACACAGGUACAAACACUGCCACACAUGCAGACAAACAGAUGGCAACACUAAUAUACAUACCGUUAAACAGACAUGCUGAUAAACGCAUUGCCAGAUACACAGAUACAAACACUGCCACACAUAUACAUACAGAUACAGACACGCAGAUACACAUGUACAGACACACACUGCCACAUAUGCAGAUACAUAGACACACAGAUACAAUAAUUGACACACAUACAGAUACAGAUACACAUGUAGAUAGACACAUACUGACACACAUGCAGAUAAACUGACACAGAUAUACACACUCAUAUGCACACACAUACAAUGACAUACACAGAUACCAGGGCCGGCCCAAGACAUUUUUCUGCCUGAGUCCCCCAAAACAACGCCACCAAAACACGCCCACAUUUAUUAUGUUGUAUUAUGAUAAUUAAAACCAAAAUGAAAUAUAUCAUGAUUAGAUAAAUACAUUCUAGAACAUAUUUAGAUAAUUGCACACUAAAUUAAACGUCACAACAUAUUUGCUUCUGCAGUGGUAAUAAAAUAUUAGCAAAGUACAAUAUACGUCAAUCACUUACAAUAACAACCAAAAAAGAGUAAGUUAAGUUGUCAUGUGGAAUGUAUGCCAUUAGUCUAGAGAAGUAGUGGUGUGUGCGCGCUGGGGAUGCAGUGUGUGUGUGUGUGUGUGUGUGUGUGCUGGGGCUCUAGUUUGUGUUCUGUGUCUGUGUUUGUGAUGGGAGAUGUAAUGUGUGUGUGUGCUAGGGAUGUGGUUGACGCACGGAAAGGAUGCAGUGUGUGUGCGGGGGAUGCAGUGUGCGCGCGCGCAAGGGAUGCAGUGUGUCUGUGCAAUGCAGUGUGUCUGUGUGUGCGCCUGUGGGGGAUGCAGUGUGUCUGUGUGUGCGCCUGCGGGGAUGCAGUGUGUCUGUGUGGGCGCCUGCGGGGGAUGCAGUGUGUCUAUGUGUGUGCCUGCGGGGGAUGCAGUGUGUCUGUGUGUGCACCUGCGGGGGAUGCAGUGUGUCUGUGUGCGCGCCUGCGGGGGAUGCAGUGUGUCUGUGUGCGCCCGUGUGAGAGAUGCAGUGUGUCUAUGUGUGCGCCUGUGGGGAAUGCAGUGUGUCUGUGUCUGUGUGUGCGCCUGCGGGGGAUGCAGUGUGUCUGUGUGUGUGCCUGCGGGGGAUGCAGUGUGUCUGUGUGAGCGCCUGCGGGGGAUGCAGUGUGUCUUUGUGCGCGCCUGCGGGGGAUGCAAUGUGUCUGUGUGUGCGCCUGCGGGGGAUGCAGUGUGUCUGUGUGUGCUCGUGCGGGGGAUGCAGUGUGUCUGUGUGUGCUCGUGCGGGGGAUGCAGUGUGUCUGCGCGUGCGGGGGAUGCAGUGUGUCUGUGUGUGCUGGGAUUGGAAUUCCUAUGUCCAGCACACUGUGUGCAUCAGUGUUAAUUUUGUUAAUUAACCAUUUUAGUCAAAUGUUAAUCGACUACAAUUUUUGAGAUUUGGUCGAUUAAAACCAGACUAAAACUAAAACAACUCAGAUGACUAAAAUAUAAAUAAAACUAAAAUGGCUUUUUAGUAAAAAUAAAUAAAUGAAUAAAAAUUUGCCGCAAAAAUUAACACCGGCAGGUAAGACACUAAAGUUCCGGCACGCACAGCUAGUAAUCUCAGAGUGCCGUGGGUACGCGUAUCACGGGUUGGGAACCGCUGGCUUAGAGCGUCGCGUAAACAGCUUGGUACAUCAGGCUGCAUUGCACAAUAACCUGUGUACAGCGCCACAUAAAAAGGCAAGUUGUGGGGAUGUUGAUGAAUUCCACAUUCUGUCUAGGAGGGCUUUAAAGUGUGCUCAGGGAGAAUUUGUUAAAUCAUUUCAUUGUGGCAAUGCAGUGGGACUCCAGCCUUAAUAUAUUCAUUGAUUUCACGUCAGGAGCAAAUGACUACUGUAUACACUGGAGAGCAUGUUACCACACAGAAUGCUAAAAGAAUUCCCCCGAAAAUUGGCAAAACUGGACGUGAAAAUCAGGCAGGUUAGAUGGGCCGAAUGGUUCUUAUCUGCCAUCACAUUCUAUGUUUCCAUGUGAUACCAUUCAGGAGUUGUGGGUACUUUAGGUAAACUGUCUCUGCACCGUGGACUGUACCAUAGAAUGCUCAUCGGGUAAAAUAAGACAAAUGCAUUGUUAACCAUUUUUUCUCAUUAUGGUUUAAUUUUCAAUCUGUGUGUUGGUUUUCCAAGGUCCAAAAACGAUUAUUUCUCUGAAAGGUAUGUUUUCCAGAUGGCUCUGCAUAUCUCCUCAUUACACAGAGUGUGUGAAUCGUUUUUUCUCUAGCAGACACCAUUUUUCUCUUCUUCCAUCAUUUGUCGUUGUUUCCUCCUCACUCUUUUAGCACUACACAUCUACAGUGUAAAUAAGACACUCUAUUAAUCAGUAAACAGGUAAUUGGUUUCACGAAUAAAUAGUCUAGAUGUACAACGAAAGCUCUCAAACCUUCUAUUAUUGAUCACCAAAACAAUUCAGAUAAAAGCCUAGACGAAAUACCACAAACAGUGGCAGAAAAAAAAAAAAAACAUGCAAAUACCUAACGGGUCUCAUGGGAAUAGUUGCACGUAAUCCAAGGUGUAAAAAGUGCUUUACUUGUGAGAUAUUGGUUUUCCCCAUGUAUAGCAUCAAUACUCACUCCUGCGUAUCGGCCAGUCUGGACAAGUAACAAAAUGUGGACCUAGAAUUUACAAAUUGGGUCCCUCCCCAAUUAACCUCUAGAAUAAUUUCACUCCUCGCACCCACCUACUAUUUCAGCUUUUGUCUGUCCUAUGUUGUGCAAGACAAUUAGGUAGCCAAGGCUGGCAGAAAAAGUGCAAGUGGGUACCCGCGAAUGCCGUUAUCAUUUUCCUCCCCAGGGCGGCAGAUAUUUGCUGGGGUACUUGUCAGGACAUUAAUUGGAUGACUCAGGUGGCGUUUAUAUACUCUCGUUGGCGGAAUGAAUGUCAAACUUGUGUUCCAUGUAAUAUCGGAAGUAGUGCCAACCUGGCAGCAGCCACUUUGAAAGUUAAGCUUUAGUCCAAUCACAGCCUUGUGGAUCACAUGUAUUCCUCUGUAAUUACACACUGUUUUAUUGUAUUUAAUAUUCAAAUAAGGGCUACAAGUGCCUAUAUCCUUUCCGUGCCGGUCUGCAUUGCAACAGUGUGGCCUACCUGCUCUCACACACGAAGAGGCUUUACAAGACGUUUAGCUUCCCCAGAUAAGCCUAGUUGAGAAAUCGCAGUUUCAAAGUUCAAAUAUUGGUCUUCUUGACUUGCAACUAUGCUCUACAACAAACAAACCAAUAAGAGAGAUUUUUAAUGACGGUUCCAACAAAAUGUACAAUAAACCUUUAUUAAAGUAAGGGCAGCUGCAUGUGUUACCCAGCUCUAGAAUGGCCAGGAAGAUGGAAAGGUUGUCAUCGGACUCUGGUUUAUACUCUCGGAAAGUCUCUUCACCGCUAGAUUAGUCAGACAAGAAAGAGACAAUCUGCACCCAUGACGAGACUGUCAAUGUUUUAAAGAAGUAAUGGAGAAGACUCAAAGCCAGGAAAAAUCCAAGAAUUACAAGGGUUGCCAAUUUCACUCAAAAUGUUUUUCGUUUGAUAAAAAGAGAGUGAGAUAACCUGGAAAGAUGGAUGUUCAUCUCUCUCUGGUUUCUAAAUGAGUUGUUCUGAUUCCAUAAUUAUCCCAGAAGACCACGAUCCCUACGAGGGUCGCAAUGGAUAUAAGAUCUGAGACACCUUGCAGACAUCUUUAUUUAGGCACUGAGAGCUGAGCUUUAAUUUCAGGGACGUCAGUGAUAAGGGUACAGUAUAUCUGGAGAAUCAGCUAAACAUCUUAUCUUUUAUGCCACAUGAAACUGACAAUUGAAUUAAUGUGUGCAUCUCUGGCAAAACAUAUGGGGUUUACCUCAGGUUGCAGUAGUGGUCAGCAAACAUGGCGUCUAGGAAUUGCUCUGUGAAUUACCUUUGGAGAAGGGUCGGCCCUUCAGUUUAGCACUGGAUGAACUGAUUAAAUGGAUGUCUCAAAGAAAGCACUGCCACACACAGAAAAUCAAGACACUCUUACAAUUUGAGAGAAGCAAUUUCAAACACAGAUAACUGCAAAAGAGACAGAACAGGUGUCAGACAUUAUAAGGUGUAGUCUUCUUGUAGAGUUUCACCUUUUCUAUGAAGGAGAUUUGAAAUAUCAUCAUCAACCACUUCUGCCCCCCACCUCCCCCCCCAAAACAAAAUUAACCAAGAGAGAAUUUGAGCCUGUUGUGAACCGAUACAUUCAAAGAAAAAGAUUUUAAAUGGAAGCCAUAAUAUAUUGUACAAUGCAAUCAAUGACUAUAUGACAUCACUAGACAUAAAGACGCAUGUGUUCACAUAUCUAUUGGAGGGAAAAACUUCCUUACAGACUCUCAUCAAUCCAGAGAAUAUUUAACAAAGUUGUAGGGUUUCUUUCGGUAUCCUCAAGGGAAAAUGGUACACUGAGUACAUUUUUUUAUAUAGUACAUUUUAUUAAUUACUACUGUAUUUCUGAACAGAGGCCGACUGUGUUUCAUUGUCCUUGUACGUACUCUGUACAGUGAUAAUAAAGUUUCAUCUGAAUCAUACCUGCUAUUCCUUACCUAGACUGUUUGCUCCACACAUUCAGAAUCUCAACUUCAUUAGGACAUCGUUUCCACGUGGAUGGAUCCUAAGCUGGAAAAAAAUCUAAUCUAUCUCCAACACAGCGAAUAAGUGUGCUAUGAUUGUUCAUAGGCUCCAAGUUACAAAAUAUAUUAAAUAUAUUCCAAAGCUGUCCAAUGGGCAAAGGGAAGGAUGAGAUCUUUACAACAAUAAAUUCUGCUAAUCUGGGACAGAUCUGGACAAGACGAUGGAUGGAUACUAGCUAUGUUAUGAGUCUUUCGCAUCAGUUGGGUAACUCUAACAAGGGAUGCAUCAAGUACAGGUUGUGAUGCUCAUUUGGAGACCAGGAUUAUUAAUGGAACAUGUUCAGUGGAAGAACAUUAACCUUCUUCAAAUCACAAGCCAUUAAAACUUCCUUGGAUUUCUAGGAAAACCUAUGCUAAUUCAACUGGACAACAAGCUAGUAGUAGCAUCUCUAAAUAAGCAGAGAAGCACCAGAGUUCAGUUGCUUGCUCUUUUUUGUUCAGAAAUUGUCCUGCGCAAAAAAGACCGGUCAUGGCUUUGUCAACAUCCCAUAUCAAAGAAGAGGACAAUAUUUUGGUAGAUGAUCUAAGCAGGGUGGGAAAUAAAUGACUACAUAUUCUCAAUAAUAACAAUAAUGUAGUCCAUCAGAAAAGAAUCCAAAAGUACCAAUAUUUGUUUCCUGCGCAAAGGAGUCUUUCUAGAUAUUUUGUACGGUCUGAAUCCUGUGGCAUUUUCCUACAUAUAUAUAUCUCCUAUAGUGAUUAUCCCACGUGUGCUACAGAAUAUAAGAUCAGACGGGUAAUCCUGUUUUGGCCCAGAAAGUGUUGGUUCUCAGUACUACUUCUAUGAAACAAGAAGUUUUGAAACUUGCAUUUUAAGAGGAGAAACUGCAGACCCAGUCAAAUCAGAAGUGCUCUUGAGAACAUUCAAAUUGACAGCAUAGUUGUGGAAAGGCUGAUGCUACAAGCCCAAGGACUGGAUGAAGAAGUAAUAGAAAUUCAUUUUAAAUAGACUUUCAACAUAUACCAUCUGGAAGACGAUUUGUGGAUGGUUCAUCAAGCAGGGUGUUAAUCCGAAUGCUCCUUCAGGACUUUAUCAGCUCUUCGGGUACUUGCUUGAAUUCUGAGUAAGACUCUCCUUAAAGGAACACUAUAGUCACCUAACUUACUUUAGCUAAAUAAAGCAGUAUAGAUCAUGCCUCUCAGGUUUUAUUGCUCAAAUCACUGCCAUUUAGGAGUUAAAACACUUUGUUUCUGUUUAUGCGGCCCUAGCCACACCUCCCCUGGCUAUGAUUGACAGAGCCUGCAUGAAAAAAAAACUGGUUUCACUUUCAAACAGAUGUAAUUUACCUUAAAUAAUUGUAUCUCAAUCUCUAAAUUGAACUUUAAUCACAUACAGGAGGCUCUUGCAGGGUCUAGCAAGCUAUUAACAUAGCAGGGGAUAAGAAAAUCUUAAUUAAACAGAACUUGCAAUAAAGAAAGCCUAAAUAGGGCUCUUUACAGGAAGUGUUUAUGGAAGGCUGUGCAAGUCACAUGCAGGGAGGUGUGACUAGGGUUCAUAAACAAAGGGAUUUAACUCCUAAAUGGCAGAGGAUUGAGCAGUGAGGCUGCAGGGGCAUGUUCUAUACACCAAAACUGCUUCAUUAAGCUAAAGUUGUUCAGGUGACUAUAGUGUCCCUUUAAACAUGUAGCCUCAAAUGUUUCUUUAUUUUUUUAAACUAUCAUAGAUUCACCCUUCUAGAACUGAAAAAAAAAAUCUGAUUUGUUUGUGAGAUUUAAACACUUUAUUGGACUUUAUUGAAAACCUUGUUUCUAAACCAUUUUUUUUGACUGCUUAAAAGACUUGAAAAGAUACGGGUCCUAUCUGCACCUCCACCUUAUUCUGGUUUUCACAAGGGUAAAGUUGUGCCAAGCCCAAAGCUAAAUUUUGCUAGACAUACAAUCUUUUGUGUGUUUUUAAGGGAAAUCACAAAAUUUCAUACUUUUUAAAGAAAAUCUUGCAUCUAAAGAAACAUUGACAAUGUGGUUGACCAAAGCUGUUCAGCUGGAAUAUUUAUCUUUAGGGAAGCGGAGGAAGCCUCCUGAGUGCCUAAAAGCUCAUUCCUUCGUAUUCGUGGUAGUACUCUGUUUUUCCACUCUAUUACACUUUAUAUUUUUUUCAUUGUACUUGUGUAUUACUGAGAUAGGGGAUGUGUGGACAGAAGAUAUACUAUAGGUUAAUUCACUACCCGUCCAGAGUAAGAAAAUAGAAUUUACAGUAAUUAAAAUGUCUAUGUUUUCCCAUUGUUCCCAGCAUCACUUUAUACUAUAGGGUGUUAAUAUAUUGAGCUGUUAAUCUGUUGUGAUUAUUUAUUCAUUCUGACUGUGGAUGCCACCAGUAGGGAAACUACUAAUACCCAGCAUUUGACAUUUCUGCUAGUUCUCUUGUAAGUUGUUGGUUGCUCCAACGUAUUCCAACGUUCUGGCUGCAUCAUCAACUGGGGAGGUAUAGAACAACAUCUGUCUCCUAUUUUUCUUAUCAUCGUCAAAGCUUGUGGGAUUCUUCAGCUUCUUAUUUGUAUAUGCAGCAUCACAUCUCAUAUCAUGGAGGAUUGUGCAGGUUCUUCAUUCAAUCUUACUGGUCCACACAGUGUUAAUCAUCACUUUCCGGUGCAUUCCUUCACGGACAAUAUAUUUCUUUAACCCCUUUAAAUCCCUAAUAAAUUAUUAACCAUAUAGAGCUUUUUAACAACAUUAUACAAUUAAAGAAUGAAAAAUCAACAUAAUUUUUCUUUUGUAGCAUUGAUAUUUUAUUUUCUAGUGAAUAUCUUAUUUAACACAAAAUAAAUAAACAUAAUUGUGCAUAGUGGACCACUGUAUUUAAAGGUAAAUAAAUGGUCCAUAAAUUUGUCUCAAAAGCAUACCAAGUUAGAUCUAUAAAAGGUGUUCUAAUCUCUCCCUCCUCCCCCAAUUUGGAGUUUACUGCUGGGCGCUCAUGUCUGUCACACCCCAAAAUGCAAGCAGUUGUCUGGAAUUUCGUUAAAAGUUACAUAAAACAUGUGGAAUUCAGUCAAUCCAGCUGUGGAAGUCUCUUUUUCAAAUUUUUUCAUGUAAUAUUGAUUGUAUGUUAACAUUCUACUGUAAAUUAAAGUCAUUAUCUCAGGAGACUGCACAAGCCUGGAAGAUAGAGCCAAACACAUGCGUCACUUACUGAUAAUAUUUCUGAAAGUAAUUUACCGGAGUGUUUAGUCCGGGAAGAAGGCAAGAUCGUUCUGAAAUGAAGUCCAAGAGCAUUAGGCGGACUCGUUAGAUAUCAAACAAAUCACAGAUCUCUAAACCUUUCAUAAGGAGAACCUGAUGGAUUUGGUGUUUAAAGAACUAUCUUAUCAGCAAUGCUAGUGUCUUUGUUAUAUCUGAAAGUCUUCAGGUCAUAUUUACAGAAUUAAAGGAAGGUUAAAGGAAUGUAUAGCGUGGAGGAAAUACGAGACAGGGGGGCUAUGAUAAACAUUUAAAUACAUAAACGGAAUCAACACAGUAAAGGAGGAGACUAUAUUUAAAAGAAUAAAAACUACCACAACAAGAGGACAACAUUAAAUGGGCAAUACAAGUGAGAUAUAACAUCAAGGAUCAUGCAUAUGAUAGAGUUGACAAUACCACAAGUUCUCUCAUUUAGACCCUAUUGUUUCAUGUCGAUGUUGAUCUAAGUCCCAUGAUACUUUGUGAAUAUUCUGCAUCUGAGACGUUACAUACAACCAAGCAUUUUCUUCCGUUAAGGGAAGACGUGUGUCUCUAGCUUGUUAUACAAAACACACUUUUGUGGUUAGAUAAUAAACCCCCAAAACUUACCUAGAAGACAUCAUCUCUUAAACAUAUAAAGCUUGCUUAAAUGCUGCCUUACAUUAUAUAAUGCAGGAAACAUUCCUUUAAAACACACAGUUUGUUGGAGAUAUCAAAACUUCACAAUCUCCUUUUAACCAAAACCCAAAAGGUAGAGCUACUGAUUUUGGAGUAACACAGCUACCAUGCUGUUAUGUUGAUCUUAAUACAUAAUGGGAAUUGUUUUUACAAUAUAUUAGGAACCACUUUACACUCUAAUCAUCUACUAAUUUAAAGACUCCUUGUCAGACCACCAUUGCCUCCAAGAUAUCUGGAGUGAUCACUAACCCUAGUGCAAAAAACAAUGUAGUUACACUAAAUAAAAUAAAAGACAAAAAACUAAAUAAACAUGUCUAAUGCAUUGAAAAGGUUAAUUUUUAUUGCCCAAUAGUACAAAGAACAUGUGCCUGCAAGGAAUAGUUCCUUUGUCUCUGAUUUGUUUGAAAACAACCUUAUUGGUAGAUUAAAUGAUAAUGCAUUCCAGUGUAAUCAAGAAUUGUUGAAAUGUUGCAGAUGAUGUUGACAGGUUUGAGUAGUGUUGGACAAGACAUAAAAUAUUUAAACUUGUCCCAUAUUUCCUUUUUAAGUGUACCUUUUAUAUAUUUCUGGAAGAAUUAAAAAAAUGUAUUUACAAUAAAAAUAUAUCAUUUUAUAAUAAAAUUAAAGGGAAAAAAGAACGAAUGUAAAUGAGAAACUGAGGAGUAUAAAUGUUGAUUUGUAAUAUGGUAACAUAUUCGUAAGAUUCAUUGAACUAUUGAUAAGGAGAUGUGCAGAACCUUGCUUGAAAACAUUGGUUAGUGGCACGGCAAAGGGGGCUCAACUUGCUCCUUUACUGGCAACAUGGUAUUUAAUUACCCAAUUCCAAAUGCAAGCAUUAUUUUGAAGUAGUUGUACUCAAAGCUGAAUAAAUGCAAGUUUGGUUUUGGAGGCAAAUAAUUUUUAAGCAGCCAGGAAGGUUUGCAUCAAAUAGCUUAACAGUUUAGACAUUGAUAGCACUUUAUUGGCUCAGUGACUUCCUGGCUGCUCAAACAAUGAAUGGCAGGUAUGUCUAAACUCUUUGUUCUGUACCAAUAUGCCAGAUACAGCAGAUGCCCCUUCACAAGUCAGCGACACUGGAACAAUGUUGCCACCCAGAGAAAGUGACAUUCCUUAUGUUCCCGAAUGCCAUCCUAAACCUUAUCCAUCCCAUGGAGCUCACCGUGUGCGCAAGUACACGGAUAGAGAACUAGAAGUCCUUGUGAAUAUGGUGAUGGAAAACUACCCUAAGCUGUUUGGCAAAGAGUCUGCCACAACCACAGUUGCUGCCAAGGAUGCCAUUUGGCAAGCCAUAGCUGAUGAAAUAAAUGCUCUUGGGGUCGAUUUCCGCACCACUGAAAAAGUAAGGAAGCGUUGGAUGAAUGCUAAACUUGUGAUGAAAAGAAAGGUGAAGGAGGCAGCACAGCACGAAGCUGAGACCGGGCGCCGACCCCCGCCUUACUUGAGGCUAACGUCAUAUGAGCAGAGACUGAGGGAUUUCUUCAUGCCGGAAUUUAGCAAGAUAAUACAAUGGGUCAGAAAUGAAGCUAAUCUGCCGGAGGAGGAAUCUGGUAAAUAAUCUCCUUCUCAUUAUUUCACCUGAAACAUCCAUUGUUAUUAAUGGGGAUUGGUUAAUACAGUAUUAUCCCCAUAAAUGUGGAAAUAUAUAUUUUUAUCCUUACAAUGGUCUGUUUUUUUUCCUAAUUUCCAGAUUCCGGUUUGUUUCUCCAUUUUCUUCUUAUUUUGUAUUUCAUGCUAAGAAGUGGCAUAUUCUGUACCCCAUAUUGGGCACACUUAGUAAUACCCACAAUGCUGAGUCUUCUUAACAGUAAGCUUGACAUCUUCACCUAGCAGACUCUUUAAGUCCAUUAUCAUACUUCUCUUUCAUCCUCCUCUGCCCUUUCCAAUCUUCACUUUUUUGUUAGAGACACUAUAGUCACCUGAACAACUUCAGCUUAAUGAGGUUGUUCAGAUGAGAACUAUAGCUCCCUGCAGCCUUUCUCAUGUAAACACUGAAUUUUCUAAGAAAAUACAGUGUUUACAUUGAAAGCUAGGAACACCUCCAGUUGCAGUCACUCAGAGUGAACCAGAGGGACUUCUAAGUUGGUGGAGGCAUAAUAUGCCUUUAUCCACUCAGAUCUGCUGUCAGCAGAGCACAGGGCAGCACUGUGCACAGCAUCAUGUGAUUCAGUAUCUCCUCCCUCUGCAUGCAGACACUGAACUUUCCUCAUAGAGAUUCAUUGAUUCAAUUCAUCUCUAUGAGGAGAUGCUGAUUGGCCAGGGCUGUGUUUGACUCAUGCUGGCUCUGCCCCUGAUCUGCCUCCUUGUCAGUCUCAGCCAAUCCUAUGGGGAAGCACUGUGAUUGGAUCAGGCUAUCACAUGUCAGCAGACUGCUUGUUUUUCCUGAGUCUAACAGCAUGCAGAUUUACAGCUUCUGGCUUGAAUACAGUAAGAUAUAUAGUGUCCCUUUAAUUAUAAUUAUGGAGCUUUAUGUACAGGAGCGUAGAUGGCUUUAUUGUAGAAAAUGAAUUUUUGGUAGUCUGUUCUACUUCGUGAACAAUAUGUCUAGCUAACAUUGUCAAGCAGAGUAACCCAGUCCCUUUGUUUAUUGAAUGUUACACACGCUCUAAACCUAAAAAUAUGACCGUUCCUUAUCAACAUCUACAGAAGUCCUUACUUUCUGUUGUUGCCUCAUUCACUUAUCUUUGUUCCCCUGAGAUACCAGCUGUAAAUAUUCAUGUGAUAGGAUUGUUCCAUGUUGUCCACAUGGAGUUUACUGAUGGAAACACACAAGACCUUGAUUUAAUACUGUUAAUAAGCGUUCCAAAUGGUUUAAUAUUUAUGGAUACACUUUUUGUAUCCAUAAAUGAUCUAAUGUUAUAAGAAAUAUUUAGAUUUUGGUAUUUUUGAUGUAUUGAUAUAUUUUUGGGUAUUUUGUAUGUUGAAAAAUAAACCAUUUUGUAAGUUUAUCUAAAUAUACUAAAUCAUUUAAAAAGCUUAUUCUACAAUAUUAAAUCAAGCCAGACGUUUUGUGUGUUUAUGAUCUGUGUUUCUGUGAACAUUGUAAAGAACCAUCUACAUAACAGCUCAGUGAUCGAGCUGUAGAAGAUAGUUUAUGCAAGUCCCAGUGUCUUCGUUUCCAUUUAAUCUUUUCUGUAAAAGCUCAGAAAACUGUAGUAAUGUCUAGAUUGUUCUGAAUUCUCAACUUAUGAGAGGCCACAGAAUAUUGAAUCAAAUUGAAUCACUGGCUACAUUUCCACAGUCUUCCAUGGCACCCAUCUAUGAGAGACAAAGACUAAUUAAUGCUCUACUCUAUCACAGAUAAAAUUAUCCGAUCUUGCAUUGUACCCGGCCGAAACUUAAAAUUGGCAGAUCUGGAUAAUAGACUACACAGAACAAGUCUCAUACAAGAUAUCACCUUUCUGUCUUCCCCCACCGAGAUAGGCAAGACAAACCUUGUGUCAGCAUUAACAUAAUGACAUGUCUUUCAUUUUGUCAGGUUCCAUUAAUUAAGCUUUAGGUACUGCGGAGACAAUUGGUUUUGCAGAUAAAAUUACAUAAUAGCAUACCCAUAAUAUAAUCCUAACAUUCUUUAUUUAAAACAUGCCUUCUUCUCACUGUACAUAUCUCUCUUCCUGCCCAUGCUAGUGUAAGGCCAGUCUUUGUACACCUUGCCUACUUCCUGCAUUUUGUAUAAAUCUGUGCUGAAUUUCCUAACUAUGCUGAAUAAAUGUUUCUUCUUUUUUUAAGGUCCUCUAGAAGUAGCAGAAUCUGUAAAAAAUGUCCCUGAUUCACCAACACCCCUGGACACAGAAUGUGAAUCUGGCAACAAGUCUUCAGAAGAACCAGCUCCUCCUUCACCUGGUCCUGAGAUUCAAAUAUCUGACCAGCUGGAAGAACAAGAUGGUGUAGCAAAGACUAAUCUUCAGAGUGAUGAGCACAAGGAAGAAUCUUCAGAAGGAAAUGUAGAAGAUUUAUGGGAGGAGAGUCUCAAACCCAACAGUUUGUUCUCUCACCAACUGCUCCUCAAAAUGCAGGAUAAACAGUUUUCUUCGAUUAAUGUAACUCUUUGCAGACAGUCAAGCACUCUGCAGACAAUCUCUUCCCACCAGCGUGAGUCCAACAUUUUAAUGCAGGAGCAGAAUUCUAUCUUGUCUCAGAUUGCCUACUCCUUAAAUCUCUUGCAGAUCCAGCAAACUGAUGGACUGGCGACCUUAGGAAGCAUAAUUCAAAAAGGAAUUGAUGCCUUAAAGCCUACAUCAAUUGGUUCAGCAAGUAUGAACAGCAGAAGCUCCGUAGAGACACCUAGCUUCCAUAGGGCAAUAUGGAGGCAGAUGACACAGUUCCCCAGGCCCAGUACAGACCAGACUACCAUUCCCCCUAAAAGAAAAAUUACUUGAUACAUUUACUUCUCAGAUAUGUAGUUUAUUCUCAGGCUGUUGUAUUCUGUCACAUCUAAGAUUUAAUAAAAAAAAAAUUGGUAAAAUUGCUGUUUUUGUGUUUUUUUAAUGCCCCUGCAUUCUUAAGAGUACCCUUAAGUACACAGUUGAUUACUAUUAAAUGUUCUUAGAAUAGGACAGUAAAUACUAAUUACAUACAGCUACACACUCCUUUACACAACUACACACUUCAGUACACACAGCAAAACUGUCGCAUACUCACACUGUUACACACUUCCUUACACACAGGUAUCUCCGUCAUCACCUUUUUCUCAGGUAUCUCCCUCACUUCUAGUGUAUCUCCCAUGUCCCCCCCCUCCCCGAGUAUCCUUUAUGUCCCAGUAUCUCCCUCACCACCAGUGUACCCACCAAGUCCCAGGUAUCUCUCUCACACGCAGGUAUGUCCAUCACCCCCCAGUGUAUCCUUCAUAUCCCAGGUGUUUUACUCCCUGUGUAUCCUCCAAGUCCCAGGUAACUCUCUCACCCCCAGGUAUCUUCAUAAACCCCAGGUUAUCCUCCAUGUCCCAGGUAUCUCGCUGUCACGUAUCCUUCGUAUCCAUGUGAAAAAAACUGAGAUAAUUAUCUACCGAAGAUCGAGGGGAGUGCCUCUCGGCGGUCUUCUGCCUUGAUGCCUGGCUUGUGCAGCAUGCCGGUGCACGCCAGCCACUGCGGACCCACGCAAGUAUAUAGCCCCACGUCUGUCCACGAUAAAGACGUCGAUGUGCAGGUGAUGUCACGCAAAAGACGCACACGCACAUUUUGGGGUCAAGGACUAGGUACAGCCAAUCGGAUCUGCAAGAGUGUUAUUUAAACUCACUUAUUCCUUGGCUCAUUGCCCUGUCGUGGUUUCCCUUAGAUGGUUAUCCGAAUGUGUGUUCCUUAUCGUGUUUUUCUAGUUUUUGACUUUGUUUUAAAUAUAUUUAUUGGUGUCACAAAAAAAAGCAUUAACUGGCAUAGUACAGUACAGGGAAGUACAUGUAGUGUAUGAGUGCCUGCGCAGAGGCAUAUAGGUCAGAAUGAACACAAAUUUAAGUACAUUCAAUCAAGCGUGCGGUACUAUCAUUUAUAGUUAUAGUAUCAUAUAAGGCUGGCGUCUCAGUGCGAUGAAAACUCCUAUCUAUUGACAUUGUGACAGCAGCUAAUUGAUCCCAAUAUGAGCUUGCCACAAAGUGAGUGCAUAAUCAUCAGAGUUGAUAGCCUAUAGGUGUGCCUCAAUGAGCUCGGUUAUUUCUAUUUUUAUAUUUUUAUGUUUAGAUUUACGCAUAUUGGUAUCCAUCGUUUAGUGCGAUUGCCUGCUUAUUUAGGUAUACUACACUGAAUAGCCUAUUCAUUCUGAUGUUGAUGUGAAGGGUUACCUAAGUAUAUGUCAGUUAAGCAGUGACGUAAAAAGCUUAUUGCGUAUGCACUUAACAGUGAACUUUAGCCUCUGUAGGGGCAUUUUAGCAUUUCUAAGCACUACAACUUGUGCAAUUUCUAUUAGUAACUAGGAAACUGAAACCGUAUCUGACAUGUCAUAUGAAACAUUAGCGUUGUUCUAGAGUCUAGUAGCACAUUGUGUGAGAUUAGCAGCACUAAAACCUGCAUGCAGUAAUGGUUAAGAUCAGCAAGAGUAUGCAGGCUUCUUGUUGUGAGCUCGCCAUUGAAAACUUUCGUCAGUCAGCUUUAAAGCAUACUGGAUAACUAAGCAAUAAGAUGAUCUGUCUAUACGGUUCUAGAUGCCUUUUUUUUUUUUUCUCAUUAAGAUUAGUAGCCCCUAAGUAAUACUAUAUAGUAAUAAUAAAGAACUUGUUCGUAUUAAACGACUUUAACUAAGAACCUGAAUCUUUAUGCAUAUCUAAGCAUAGUUGUAGAAUUUCUCAAGAGUCCGGAUUUGCACGUGAGCCUGCUUAUAAGAAUAGUCCUGGGAUUCUCAGCCGUGCAUGUGGAGCUGAGUUAUAAUACGGUAAACUGUCCGCAUAUCGGGUCGGUGAGGUCCUUUAGGGCGCCGGCCCUCCAUCUGUCCUCCCCUAGGACUCGCCCCCCCGCGGGGCACUCCGCGAUGCCGUGGGCACUCGGGGUCCGGGUCAGUCCAGGAAACCCCCCACCAAAGGUCCCAGCACUCGCUGUCCCCUGCACCUCCCCAGCAUCACUCGCGCCGCCAGAUAACGCCUGGGCCUACGAGUCUCGCCCAGUGCAGGCCUCACACUUAGGGCCGAUGCACCUCCCCCCUCAUGGCCACCGGUAUACCAGAGGGGUUUGGUGCCCUCUAGCCCCACAGGGCUCACUGCGCCAGGGACAUCCUUCUCCGGGCCCCCCACAAACCCAGAUGCAAGGUCCAGUACCGUUACCAGGGAGCAGGUCACCCGGGGUGUCCGUCCGUGGGCCGACAGCCAUCUGGGUCUCUCGAGCCGCAUGCAGAAGCCUCCGCAUAAAGGUAGGUAUAUCUCUCCGUGCUUGUUUAUAUUUCGUCUGCCCUUAUCUGCUGGCGGGCUGUUCCUGGGAAGCCUUUGCCAGUGUAGGCGAUCGACCCGCGGGGGCCUCUGUCGCCGCGGAGGUCAUCACCAUGUGGCCGGGAUAACCCCCACCGGCCUCGGGGGGGGAGCGGGGACGUGCCGCCGGCAGGGCCUAUCUGUUUGAUGUCGGGUUCAGGUCUCUCUCUUAACGUCUGCCCUGUUGGGCCUCUUCGUCUUUCCAGGCUCCCUUCAUGUGCGGCCGUGAUUGCCUACUUUCCGCUCUCCCGGUGCGUGAUCGGCCCCUUACAGGUGUCGUUCUGGUGCAGGGUGCGUGUGCCACCCCUUAAUUACCGGGGUGUCCCCUUUAGGGUGCUUAUAGACCGCUUUUUUAAUUCUAUUUUUUGGUAUCUUGGGCCAGAGCUGAAGCUCGUGGCUGCCAUCCAGCUCGGCGGCCCGGCCCCGCCCCCCUAGUUUUUGACUUUGGCUUCGUUUUGACUUCCCUGAUUUCUAGUACCCUUGAAUUUUGUCUUUUCCUGAUUGCUGAGUCUCGUUCUGUGUCCUUGACCUCGGCUAGUUUUCUGACUAUUCUCAGGUACAUUAAAUCCAGCCAUUCUAAGGCCCGGUUAGACGUUACCAUUUGUUCUAGGGUGUGAUACUAUUCUGCGUGCUGGAUCAAUAUAAUCCUGACACUCACUCACCCCCAGCGUAUAUUUCAUGUCCAUCACCCCCCAUGUAUGCUCCACAUCCCAGGUAUCUCCAUCACCCCCAGUGUAUCCUCCAUAUCCCAGGUGUCUUACUCCUGUGCAUGCUCCAUGUCCCAGGUGUCGUACCCCCUGUGUAUCUUCCAUGUCCCAUGUAUCUUGCUUACCCCCAGCGUAUCCUUCAUGUCCAGGCAUCUCCAUCACCCCCCCAUGUAUGCUCCACAUCCCAGGUAUCUUCAUCACCCCCAGUGUAUUCUCCAUGUCCCAAGGAUCUCAAUCACCCACAGUGUACCCCACAUGCCCCAGGUUUCUCCACCACCACCAGUGUAUCCUUCAAGUCCCAGGUAUCUCUCUCACUCCUGGUAUCUCCAUCACCCCCAGUGUAUUCUCCAUGUUCCAGGUAUCUCCAUCACCCCCAGUGUAUGCUCCAUAUUCCAGGUAUCACUCACCCCCAGUGUAUCCUCCAUAUUCCAGGUAUCACUCACCCCCCAGUGUAUACUCCAUAUCACUCUCACCCCCGGUGUAUCCUACAUAUCCCAGGUGUCACUCUCACCCCCGGUGUAUCCUCCAUAUGCCAGGUAUCGCUCUCACCCCCAGUGUAUGCUCUAUAGCCCAGGUAUCACUCUCACCCACCAAUAUAUCCUCCAUAUCCAAGGUAUCUGUCUGACCCCCGGUGUAUCCUCCAUAUCCCAGGUAUCGCUCUCACCCCCGAUAUAUCCUCCAUAUCCCAGGUAUCGCUCUCACCCCCGGUGUAUCCUCCAAAUCCCAGGUAUCGCUCUCACCCCCGGUGUAUCAUCCAUAUCCCAGGUAUCUGUCUGACCCCUGGUGUAUCCUCCAUAUCCCAGGUAUCGCUCUCACCCCCGAUAUAUCCUCCAUAUCCCAGGUAUCGCUCUCACCCCCGAUAUAUCCUCCAUAUCCCAGGUAUCGCUCUCACCCCGAUAUAUCCUCCAUAUCCCAGGUAUCGCUCUCACCCCCGGUGUAUCCUCCAUAUCCCAGGUAUCGCUCUCACCCCCGGUGUAUCCUCCAUAUCCCAGGUAUCACUCUCACCCCCAGUGUAUCCUCCAUAUCCCAGGUAUCAUUCUGACGCCCGGUAUAUCCUGCAUGUCUCAGGUAUUUCCCUUAUGAGGAAUUGUGCUUUACCAGCAAAUCGUUUUGGUGUGUAAGCCUCAGGCUUAUGGCUCCGGCCACCACAUGUCACCUUGUUUGUCAUUAGCUAGGCUCGCAAGAAUGUGAAAUGGCGGAUAGAUACACACAAAAGAGACCAUUUUGUUGUAGUCAGUCAGCUAGUGUCCUCAACCACAGUAGGAUCAUGGCCCUGGCCACCAACAAUCCAGGACAUAGAAAGGUAUGCCAGGAUGCAGACAGAUCUCUCUUUUCUGGGAAAGUAGCAGUGGGUUUCAAUACAGUAUUUAGGGAGCUGGAAAUGGCCCAUGGGCUAGUUCUUUGAGAACCCUGGUUUAAAGAGACUGACUGUUUGUUCCACUAUUUCUAAAGUAGAAGUUAAAAUGGCAAUGUCAUGUCAUACUUACCUUUCUCCUAUUGUUUCCUCUUCUCUUCCUCUUUCAAAAUUUGUUCUUCAUUUCUGAAGGAAAGCACCACCCUUUGUCAAGAUUGUCAAGCGUAGGAAAAAUACAUAAGACAUUCUAGUCACUUCUUUGUUUUAUAUUUUGGAGAUAAAUAGAUCAGAAAAGAAGAACAGAUUCUGAAAGGGGAAGGAGGAGGAAACAAUAGAAGUAAGGCAAGUUUGAGGUGACAGAGACACUUGAAAACUUUCACAAUUUUACAUGGAAUUCCUGUGAUCUAUCCUUCACUUGUCAUUCUAUCUUUCUUGGAAUGCCCCCUGAUCGAUCGAUAGUUUGGCUUUCUAACUCUUUUGGAAUGCCCCCUGAUCGAUCCUUAUGUUUGAUUUCUCUCUCUAUGAGAAUUCUCCCUGCUUAAUCCAAACAUUGGCUUUCAGACGCUUUUGAAAUGCUGACUGAUCGAUACAUAGCUUGGCUUUCUAUCUCUGUUAGACUGCUCUCUGAUCGAACCUUAGUUUGGCUUGCUAUCGCUCUUAGAAUGUCCCCUGAUCCAACUUUAAUUUCUACUGCUCUUAUAGUGCUUUCUCAUCGAUCCAUAGCUUACCUAAUCUUUCUGUAUCUCACUUGGAAUACCCUAGUUAGUCCAUAACUUGGCUUUCUAUCUCUUUUGCAAUACUUUUCGAUCAAUCCAUUGCUAGGCUUUCUAUCUUUCACUAUCGGAAAUACCCCUCAAUCCAUUGCUGGGCUUUCUACCACUCUAUUGGAAAUAUCCCUCAAUUAAUCCAUUGCUGGGCUUUCUAUCUCUCUCUCUCUUAGAAAUAUCCCUCAAUUAAGCCAUUGCUGGGCUUUCUAUCUCUCUCUCUUGGAAAUACCCUUCAAUCAAUCCAUUGCUGGGCUUUCGAUCUCUCUCUCUCUCUCUUGGAAAUAUCCCUCAAUUAAUCCAUUGCUGGUCUUUCUAUCGCUCACUCUUGGAAAUACCCCUCAAUCAAUCCAUUGCUGGGUUCUCUAUCUAUCACUCUUGUAAAUACCCCUCAAUCAAUCCAUUGCUGGGCUUUCUAUCUCUCACUCUUGGAAAUAUCCCUCAAUCAAUCCAUUACUGGACUUUCUCUCUCUCUCUCUCUCUCUCUCUCUCUCUCACUCUCACUCUUGGAAAUAUCCCUCAACCAAUCCAUUGCUGGGCUUUCUCUAUAUCUCUCUCUCACUCUUGGAAAUACCCCUCAACCAAUCCAUUGCUGGGCUUUCUAUCUCUCACUCUUGGAAAUACCCCUCAAUCAAUCCAUUGCUGGGCUUUCUAUCUCUCACUCUUGGAAAUAUCCCUCAAUCAAUCCAUUGCUGGGCUUUCUGUCUCUCUCGCUUGGAAAUAUCCCUCAAUCAAUCCAUUACUGGGCUCUCUAUCACUUGGAACUAUCCCUCAAUCAAUCCAUUACUGGGCUUUCUGUCUCUCUCUCUUGGAAAUACCCCUCAAUCAAUCCAUUGCUGGGCUUUCUAUCUCUCACUCUUGGAAAUACCCCUCAAUCAAUCCAUUGCUGGGCUUUCUGUCUCUAUCUCUUGGAAAUACCCCUCAAUCAAUCCAUUACUGGGCUUUCUGUCUCUCUCUCUUGGAAAUACCCCUCAAUCAAUCCAUUGCUGGGCUUUCUUUCUCUCACUCUUGGAAAUAUCCCUCAACCAAUCCAUUGCUGGGCUUUCUAUCUCUCACUCUUGGAAAUAUCCCUCAACCAAUCCAUUUCUGGGCUUUCUAUCUCUCACUCUUGGAAAUAUCCCUCAACCAAUCCAUUGCUGGGCUUUCUAUCUCUCACUUUUGGAAAUACCCCUCAAUCAAUUCAUUGCUGGGCUUUCUGUCUCUCUUUCUUGGAAAUACCCCUCAAUCAAUCCAUUACUGGACUUUCUGUCUCUCUUUCUUGGAAAUACCCGUCAAUCAAUCCAUUGCUGGGUUCUCUAUCUCUCACUCUUGUAAAUACCCCUCAAUCAAUCCAUUGCAAGGCUUUCUAUCUCUCACUCUUGGAAAUAUCCCUCAAUCAAUCCGUUACUGGGCUUUCUCUCUCUCUCUCUCUCACUCUUGGAAAUACUCCUCAACCAAUCCAUUGCUGGGCUAUCUCUCUCUCCCACUCUUGCAAAUAUCCCUCAACCAAUGCAUUGCUGGGCUUUCUAUCUCUCACUCUUGGAAAUAUCCCUCAAUCAAUCCAUUGCUGGGCUUUCUAUCUCUCACUCUUGGAAAUAUCCCUCAAUCAAUCCAUUGCUGGGCUUUCUAUCUCUCACUCUUGGAAAUACCCCUCAAUCAAUCCAUUGCUGGGCUUUCUGUCUUUUGGAAAUACCCCUCAAUCAAUCCAUUGCUGGGCUUUCUAUCUCUUGGAAAUAUCCCUUAAUCAAUCCAUUACUGGGCUUUCUAUUUCUUGGAAAUAUCCCUCAAUCAACCCAUUGCCGGGCUUUCUGUCUCUCUUGGAAAUACCCCUCAAUCAAUCCAUUACUGGUCUUUCUAUCUCUUGGAAAUAUCCCUCAAUCAGCCCAUUGCUGGGCUUUCUGUCUCUCGUGGAAAUAUCCCUCAAUCAAUCCAUUGCUGGGCUUUCUGUCUCUCUCUCUUGGAAAUACCCCUCAAUCAAUCCAUUACUGGACUUUCUGUCUCUCCCUCUUGGAAAUAUCCCUCAAUCAAACCAUUGCUGGGCUUUCUAUCUCUAUCUCUUGGAAAUAUCCCUUAAUCAAUCCAUUGCUGGCCUUUCUGUCUCUCUUGGAAAUAUCCCUCAGUCAAUCCAUUGCUGGGCUUUCUGUCUAUCUUGGAAAUACCCCUCAAUCAAUCCAUUACUGUGCUUUCUAUCUCUAUCUCUUGGAAAUAUCCCUCAAUCAAUCCAUUGCUGGGCUUUCUAUCUCUUGGAAAUAUCCCUCAAUCAAUCCAUUACUGGGCUUUCUGUCUCUCGUGGAAAUAUCCCUCAAUCAAUCCAUUGCUGGGCUUUCUAUCUGUUGGAAAUAUCCUCAAUCAAUCCAUUGCUGGGCUUUCUUCUCUCGUGGAAAUAUCCCUCAAUCAAUCCAUUGCUGGGCUUUAUGUCUCUCGUGGAAAUAUCCCUAAAUCAAUCCAUUGCUGGGCUUUCUGUCUCUUGGAAAUAUCCCUUAAUCAAUCCAUUACUGGGCUUUCUAUCUCUUGGAAAUAUUCCUCAUUACUGGGCUUUCUGUCUCUCGUGGAAAAUAUCCCCCAAUCAAUCCAUUGAUGGGCUUUCUGUCUCUCGUGGAAAUAUCCCUCAAUCAAUCCAUUGCUGGGCUUUCUAUCUCUUGGAAAUAUCCCUCAAUCACUCCAUUACUGGGCUUUCUGUCUCUCGUGGAAAUAUCCCUCAAUCAAUCCAUUGCUGGGCUUUCUAUCUCUCACUCUUGGAAAUAUCCCUCAAUCAAUCCAUUGCUGGGCUUUCUGUCUCUUGGAAAUAUCCCUUAAUCAAUCCAUUACUGGGCUUUCUAUCUCUUGGAAAUAUUCCUCAAUCAAUCCAUUACUGGGCUUUCUGUCUCUCGUGGAAAUAUCCCCCAAUCAAUCCAUUGCUGGGCUUUCUGUCUCUCGUGGAAAUAUCCCUCAAUCAAUCCAUUGCUGGGCUUUCUAUCUCUUGGAAAUAUCCCUCAAUCACUCCAUUACUGGGCUUUCUUUCUCUCGUGGAAAUAUCCCUCAAUCAAUCCAUUGCUGGGCUUUCUAUCUCUUGGAAAUAUCCCUCAAUUAAUCCAUUGCUGGGCUUUCGGGCUUUCUGUCUCUCGUGGAAAUAUCCCUCAAUCAAUCCAUUGCUGGGCUUUAUGUCUCUCGUGGAAAUAUCCCUAAAUCAAUCCAUUGCUGGGCUUUCUGUCUCUUGGAAAUAUCCCUCAAUCAAUCCAUUACUGGGCUUUCUAUCUCUUGGAAAUAUUCCUCAAUCAAUGCAUUGCUGGGCUUUCUAUCUCUUGGAAAUAUCCCUCAAUCAAUCCAUUACUGGGCUUUCUGUCUCUCGUGGAAAUAUCCCUCAAUCAAUCCAUUGCUGGGCUUUCUGUCUCUCUUGGAAAUAUUCCUCAAUCAAUCCAUUACUGGGCUUCCUGUCUCUCGUGGAAAUAUCCCUCAAUAAAUCCAUUGCUGGGCUUUCUAUAUCUAUCUCUUGGAAAUAUCCCUCUACUAAUCCAUUGCUGGGCUUUCUGUCUCUCUCUUGGAAAUAUCCCUCAAUCAAUGCAUUGCUGGGCUUUCUAUCUCUUGGAAAUAUCCCUCAAUCAAUCCAUUACUGGGCUUUCUGUCUCUCGUGGAAAUAUCCCUCAAUCAAUCCAUUGCUGGGCUUUCUGUCUCUCUUGGAAAUAUCCCUCAAUCAAUCCAUUACUGGGCUUCCUGUCUCUCGUGGAAAUAUCCCUCAAUAAAUCCAUUGCUGGGCUUUCGAUAUGUAUCUCUUGGAAAUAUCCCUCAACCAAUCCAUUGCUGGGCUUUCUGUCUCUCUCUUGGAAAUAUCCCUCAACCAAUCCAUGGCUGGGCUUUCUAUCUCUCAAUCUUGGAAAUAUCCCUCAACCAAUCCAUUGCUGGGCUUUCUAUCUCUCACUCUUGGAAAUAUCCCUCAACCAAUCCAUUGCUGGGCUUUCUAUCUCUCACUCUUGGAAAUACCCCUCAAUCAAUUCAUUGCUGGGCUUUCUGUCUCUCUUUCUUGGAAAUACCCCUCAAUCAAUCCAUUACUGGACUUUCUGUCUCUCUUUCUUGGAAAUACCCCUCAAUCAAUCCAUUGCUGGGUUCUCUAUCUCUCACUCUUGUAAAUACCCCUCAAUCAAUCCAUUGCAAGGCUUUCUAUCUCUCACUCUUGGAAAUAUCCUUCAACCAAUCCAUUGCUGGGCUAUCUCUCUCUCCCACUCUUGGAAAUACCCCUCAACCAAUCCAUUGCUGGGCUUUCUAUCUCUCACUAUUGGAAAUAUCCCUCAAUCAAUCCAUUGCUGGGCUUUCUAUCUCUCACUCUUGGAAAUAUCCCUCAGUCAAUCCAUUGCUGGGCUUUCUAUCUCUCACUCUUGGAAAUACCCCUCAAUCAAUCCAUUGCUGGGCUUUCUGUCUUUUGGAAAUACCCCUCAAUCAAUUCAUUGCUGGGCUUUCUAUCUCUUGGAAAUAUCCCUUAAUCAAUCCAUUACUAGGCUUUCUAUUUCUUGGAAAUAUCCCUCAAUCAAUCCAUUGCCGGGCUUUCUGUCUCUCUUGGAAAUACCCCUCAAUCAAUCCAUUACUGGGCUUUCUAUCUCUUGGAAAUAUCCCUCCAUCAACUCAUUGCUGGGCUUUCUGUCUCUCGUGGAAAUAUCCCUCAAUCAAUCCAUUGCUGGGCUUUCUGUCUCUCUCUCUUGGAAAUACCCCUCAAUCAAUCCAUUACUGGACUUUCUGUCUCUCCCUCUUGGAAAUAUCCCUCAAUCAAUCCAUUGCUGGGCUUUCUAUCUCUAUCUCUUGGAAAUAUCCCUUAAUCAAUCCAUUGCUGGCCUUUCUGUCUCUCUUGGAAAUAUCCCUCAAUCAAUCCAUUGCUGGCCUUUCUGUCUCUCUUGGAAAUAUCCCUCAAUCAAUCCAUUGCUGGGCUUUCUGUCUAUCUUGGAAAUACCCCUCAAUCAAUCCAUUACUGUGCUUUCUAUCUCUAUCUCUUGGAAAUAUCCCUCAAUCAAUCCAUUACUGGGCUUUCUAUCUCUUGGAAAUAUUCCUCAAUCAAUCCAUUGCUGGGCUUUCUGUCUCUCGUGGAAAUAUCCCUCAAUCAAUCCAUUGCUGGGCUUUCUGUCUCUCGUGGAAAUAUCCCUCAAUCAAUCCAUUGCUGGGCUUUCUAUCUCUUGGAAAUAUCCCUCAAUCAAUCCAUUACUGGGCUUUCUGUCUCUCGUGGAAAUAUCCCUCAAUCAAUCCAUUGCUGGGCUUUCUGUCUCUUGGAAAUAUCCCUCAAUCAAUCCAUUACUGGGCUUUCUGUCUCUCUUGGAAAUAUCCCUCAAUCAAUCCAUUGCUGGGCUUUCUGUCUCUCGUGGAAAUAUCCCUCAAUCAAUCCAUUGCUGGGCUUUAUGUCUCUCGUGGAAAUAUCCCUAAAUCAAUCCAUUGCUGGGCUUUCUGUCUCUUGGAAAUAUCCCUCAAUCAGUCCAUUACUGGGCUUUCUAUCUCUUGGAAAUAUUCCUCAAUCAAUGCAUUGCUGGGCUUUCUAUCUCUUGGAAAUAUCCCUCAAUCAAUCCAUUACUGGGCUUUCUGUCUCUCGUGGAAAUAUCCCUCAAUCAAUCCAUUGCUGGGCUUUCUGUCUCUCUUGGAAAUAUCCCUCAAUCAAUCCAUUACUGGGCUUUCUGUCUCUCUUGGAAAUAUCCCUCAAUCAAUCCAUUACUGGGCUUCCUGUCUCUCGUGGAAAUAUCCCUCAAUAAAUCCAUUGCUGAGCUUUCUAUAUCUAUCUCUUGGAAAUAUCCCUCAACCAAUCCAUUGCUGGGCUUUCUGUCUCUCUCUUGGAAAUAUCCCUCAAUCAAUCCAUUGCUGGGCUUUCUGUCUCUCUUUUGUAAAUCAAUUCAUUUGAUUGAGGGCUUUCAAUCUCUCUCUUGGAAAUAUCCCUCAAUCAAUCCAUUACUGGGCUUUCUGUCUCUCUUGGGAAUACCCCUCAAUCAAUCCAUUUCUGGGCUUUCUGUCUCUCUUGGAAAUAUCCCUCAGUCAAUCAAUUUCUGGGCUUUCUGUUUCUCCCUUGGAAAUAUCCCUGAAUCAAUCAAUUGCUGGGCUUUCUAUCUCCCUUGGAAUGCUCCAUGAUUCUAUGUCUAUUUUAGGAUGCCCUCUUUAUCUGGAUUUCAUUAUUGUAGUUGAUUCCCUGCUAGGUUUCCUCUAGAUUUCUUAAGAAUUGCCCCUUAUUGUAUGCACUAAUGUGAUUUCCCUAACUCUCAGAAUUUUACAUAGAUAAAAAUAUACAUUAGCAUUGAAGCUUUGUCCUGCUAUGUCUGGUCUGAGACAGGAAGUGAUAUGAAUAGCCUGUUUUGCUCUGUAGGUCAACCUGUUCCACAUACAGGAAGUAGACUGACUGACCUACCAAAUAACUAUCUCUCACUCUUGUAAAUACCCCUCAAUCAAUCCAUUGCAAGGCUUUCUAUCUCUCUUUCUUGGAAAUACCCCUCAAUCAAUCCAUUACUGGACUUUCUGUCUCUCUCUCUUGGAAAUAUCCCUCAAUCAAUCCAUUGCUGGGCUUUCUAUCUCUCACUCUUGGAAAUAUCCCUCAACCAAUCCAUUGCUGGGCUUUCUAUCUCUCACUCUUGGAAAUAUCCCUCAAUCAAUCCAUUACUGGACUUUCUGUCUCUCUCUCUUGGAAAUAUCCCUCAAUCAAUCCAUUGCUGGGCUUUCUAUCUCUCACUCUUGGAAAUAUCCCUCAACCAAUCCAUUGCUGGGCUUUCUAUCUCUCACUCUUGGAAAUAUCCCUCAAUCAAUCCAUUACUGGACUUUCUGUCUCUCUCUCUCUCUCUCCAUCUCUCACUCUUGGAAAUAUCCUUCAACCAAUCCAUUGCUGGGCUAUCUCUCUCUCCCACUCUUGGAAAUACCCCUCAACCAAUCCAUUGCUGGGCUUUCUAUCUCUCACUAUUGGAAAUAUCCCUCAAUCAAUCCAUUGCUGGGCUUUCUAUCUCUCACUCUUGGAAAUAUCCCUCAGUCAAUCCAUUGCUGGGCUUUCUAUCUCUCACUCUUGGAAAUACCCCUCAAUCAAUCCAUUGCUGGGCUUUCUGUCUUUUGGAAAUACCCCUCAAUCAAUUCAUUGCUGGGCUUUCUAUCUCUUGGAAAUAUCCCUUAAUCAAUCCAUUACUAGGCUUUCUAUUUCUUGGAAAUAUCCCUCAAUCAAUCCAUUGCCGGGCUUUCUGUCUCUCUUGGAAAUACCCCUCAAUCAAUCCAUUACUGGGCUUUCUAUCUCUUGGAAAUAUCCCUCCAUCAACUCAUUGCUGGGCUUUCUGUCUCUCGUGGAAAUAUCCCUCAAUCAAUCCAUUGCUGGGCUUUCUGUCUCUCUCUCUUGGAAAUACCCCUCAAUCAAUCCAUUACUGGACUUUCUGUCUCUCCCUCUUGGAAAUAUCCCUCAAUCAAUCCAUUGCUGGGCUUUCUAUCUCUAUCUCUUGGAAAUAUCCCUUAAUCAAUCCAUUGCUGGCCUUUCUGUCUCUCUUGGAAAUAUCCCUCAAUCAAUCCAUUGCUGGCCUUUCUGUCUCUCUUGGAAAUAUCCCUCAAUCAAUCCAUUGCUGGGCUUUCUGUCUAUCUUGGAAAUACCCCUCAAUCAAUCCAUUACUGUGCUUUCUAUCUCUAUCUCUUGGAAAUAUCCCUCAAUCAAUCCAUUGCUGGGCUUUCUAUCUCUUGGAAAUAUCCCUCAAUCAAUCCAUUACUGGGCUUUCUGUCUCUCGUGGAAAUAUCCCUCAAUCAAUCCAUUGCUGGGCUUUCUGUCGCUCGUGGAAAUAUCCCUCAAUCAAUCCAUUGCUGGGUUUUCUAUCUCUUGGAAAUAUUCCUCAAUCAAUCCAUUACUGGGCUUUCUGUCUCUCGUGGAAAUAUCCCUCAAUCAAUCCAUUGCUGGGCUUUCUAUCUCUUGGAAAUAUCCCUCAAUCAAUCCAUUGCUGGGCUUUCUGUCUCUCGUGGAAAUAUCCCUCAAUCAAUCCAUUGCUGGGCUUUAUGUCUCUCGUGGAAAUAUCCCUAAAUCAAUCCAUUGCUGGGCUUUCUGUCUCUUGGAAAUAUCCCUUAAUCAAUCCAUUACUGGGCUUUCUAUCUCUUGGAAAUAUUCCUCAAUCAAUCCAUUACUGGGCUUUCUGUCUCUCGUGGAAAUAUCCCUCAAUCAAUCCAUUGCUGGGCUUUCUGUCUCUAGUGGAAAUAUCCCUCAAUCAAUCCAUUGCUGGGCUUUCUAUCUCUUGGAAAUAUCCCUCAAUCACUCCAUUACUGGGCUUUCUGUCUCUCGUGGAAAUAUCCCUCAAUCAAUCCAUUGCUGGGCUUUCUAUCUCUUGGAAAUAUCCCUCAAUCAAUCCAUUGCUGGGCUUUCUGUCUCUCGUGGAAAUAUCCCUCAAUCAAUCCAUUGCUGGGCUUUCUGUCUCUCGUGGAAAUAUCCCUAAAUCAAUCCAUUGCUGGGCUUUCUGUCUCUUGGAAAUAUCCCUCAAUCAGUCCAUUACUGGGCUUUCUAUCUCUUGGAAAUAUUCCUCAAUCAAUGCAUUGCUGGGCUUUCUAUCUCUUGGAAAUAUCCCUCAAUCAAUCCAUUACUGGGCUUUCUGUCUCUCGUGGAAAUAUAUCUCAAUCAAUCCAUUGCUGGGCUUUCUGUCUCUCUUGGAAAUAUCACUCAAUCAAUCCAUUACUGGGCUUCCUGUCUCUCGUGGAAAUAUCCCUCAAUAAAUCCAUUGCUGGGCUUUCUAUAUCUAUCUCUUGGAAAUAUCCCUCAACCAAUCCAUUGCUGGGCUUUCUGUCUCUCUCUUGGAAAUAUCCCUCAAUCAAUCCAUUGCUGGGCUUUCUGUCUCUCUUUUGUAAAUCAAUUCAUUUGAUUGAGGGCUUUCAAUCUCUCUCUUGGAAAUAUCCCUCAAUCAAUCCAUUACUGUGCUUUCUGUCUCUCUUGGGAAUACCCCUUAAUCAAUCCAUUUCUGGGCUUUCUGUCUCUCUUGGAAAUAUCCCUCAGUCAAUCAAUUGCUGGGCUUUCUGUUUCUCCCUUGGAAAUAUCCCUGAAUCAAUCAAUUGCUGGGCUUUCUAUCUCCCUUGGAAUGCUCCAUGAUUCUAUGUCUAUUUUAGGAUGCCCUCUUUAUCUGGAUUUCAUUAUUGUAGUUGAUUCCCUGCUAGGUUUCCUCUAGAUUUCUUAAGAAUUGCCCCUUAUUGUAUGCACUAAUGUGAUUUCCCUAACUCUCAGAAUUUUACAUAGAUAAAAAUAUACAUUAGCAUUGAAGCUUUGUCCUGCUAUGUCUGGUCUGAGACAGGAAGUGAUAUGAAUAGCCUGUUUUGCUCUGUAGGUCAACCUGUUCCACAUACAGGAAGUAGCAUGACUGACCUACCAAAUAACUUGACAUCCAAACUCAUAUGGCAUGUUUAUGGAUGAGGGAGCAAUAUUAACAUUAAAUUCUAAAACUGGUCAUUUAAAAUAAAGAUAAAAGGGGAUAUUAUAUCAUUUGCAUAUAACCAUAAUAGCUGGAGACACCUGGUCCAGACAAGGAAGCAGCAUUGUAUAAACUGGAUUUGUGAGAAGCAAUCCAUACACUUUAUAGAAAGAAUACUUUUAAAGGUUUAAUUUGAUCACUUAGCAAUGUAACUAAACUCAAAUACAGCUGUUAUGUCAGAGCUGGUAGUUUUACAUGGUCUGAGCCAAACAUGCAUGGAUCAAAAGAUACACAGCUUGAAUUAUGUCUGUAGUUCAUUUACAUAUUGUAUAUUGUGUUGUAUUAAAACCGUAGGUGGAAGAACGAAGAACGGCACCUAGGCAAUUUUAACUUACAGGAACAAGAGGUGGUAAAGUCCCUGCUCAAACAACAUAUAGUUUUCCUUCUCUUUGAUCAGUAAUAUCCGUGUGUUCUGAAAUUACUAAAACAUGGUCAUUAUGUAUUCCACGUAUGUAACUUUUAAUCCUAUUUGCAGAGAGUGACUCAGCCAUGAGAACCACUGACAUGGAGGAGAUGUGGAUAAGUCAAGCUUCUGGAGACAGAGACCCACAAGAUGGACCUAACCAAGGUGAGGCCACCAGUAUUGCCUAGUAGGAAUAUUGCUACUGGCCUAAAUACCUGUUACAGUACAUAAAUUAUAACGUGUAUGAGGCAGACGUGUACAAGUUAUAAUUUACAUGAACAUGUUGCUGAAAUAUUUAAACCAAUGGUUUAUUGAAUAUUAGAUGUAGAUGUAUUCCAUCCCAGAUCAUCCAAGUUAUAGUAAAUUAUUUACUUCCACAUAUAAUAUACUUAUUCAAUAUGCUUUUGCAUAGAAGCACUGUUUACCCAUCACAGGGAGUUAUACUUUCCAUUUAAUGAAAGAGAAUUGUGUUAUAUUUAUCAACCCGAGUCUCCCUAUUUUAAGUUUACCUAGGAAUAUCGUCUUUUGAUCUAAGCUUAUUGGAGAGUCCACGAGUUAGAAUUUAACUUAAUGAAGUAGAACUUAAUAGAGCACCAGCAGUCAAAAAUGUGCACUAAUAUGGAUUAUGUUUUAAUGGAUUCAUCAAAUAGGUUAUUAGUAUUUGUUUUGUGAAAGAGAUUGAUCCAGUCCAUACAUCUUAUAUUAAGUAUAUACUGUAUAGCACCGUUAAUAAUACAUAUCAUUUUCUAGAGUUCGGACAGGAAGAUGUGGACCAGAAUGACUUGCCAGCUGCAGACUACAUCUUGAAUGGUUCACUGUAUAAAUGGAGUGGAUGGCAUAAUCGUGUGGGUAUUUUGUCCCAUUUGCCCCAGCACAGAAGAGACAGGCCAUAUCAGUGCAAUGAAUGCUCUAAAACUUUUUCAGACCUGGCCCGUUUCCUCAGACACCAGAUUGGGCAUGCCGGUGGGAGACCUUAUCAUUGCCACCACUGCGUGAAAACAUUCAGACAGCCCUACGAACUGAUGGUCCACCAGAGAGUCCACACAGGAGAGAAACCUUAUCAUUGCACUGUGUGUGGGAAAAAAUUCAUCAAGAACUCAAUUCUCAAAGUUCACCAGCGAAUUCACACUGGGGAACGACCGUACAAGUGUACGCUGUGCUCCAAGACUUUUGUGCAGUCUCACCAUCUGAAGACUCACCAAAAAACCCACACUGGGGGCAGGUUACAGAACUACUAG